GGCAACCGGUACUACUAGAGUAGCGCGUGCGAUCAGCUGUCUCGACACCCGACGUUUCGGCAGUCAGUAGUCCGGUCGUCACCGUUUUGUACGCACGUUACUGUAUUGCUUUGCGCACGUGCCCGUGCCGGUCACCGUGAGUGGAAAACCAAAAACCCCGAAUAAUAUUUACGUCGAUUGUGAUAAGUGAUUGUAAUUUGUACCCGAGUCGUUUUUGAGCGAAUCGUUCUCGGUUGUUUGUAACCCCCCGUAAUCUCGAAAACCAACCGGUGUCUACAUUACCAUAGCGCGCCCUCGUCUCCGUACCGCGCCAAAAGACGUUUACCGUCCGGGAAAUCCCGUCGCACGACCCGGAAGAGACGAAGGCAUCGCCACCGCCGGUGUUCGCGCGCCGCCGACAAAGUGCGAAUAAUAACAAAACAGUCGUAUUUAUCGACGCAGCGACCCAUUAUCCGCGCGAUGAAUUUGAUGUGCACCGAGUCGCAGACCGCGUCCGAGGACAAGUGUUUCGCCGAGGACCGGGCGAUUUUCCGGGACGAGCGGGCCGUAAAGAAACUGUUGGAGACCGAGUCGCAGUACGUGCCCGGCGGCGAUUACAUGGCCCGUUCGCAAUCGAACCUGCAGCCGUUCAUGAGACGGGUGGUGGCCACGUGGAUGUUGGACGUGAGUAGCAAUCGAUGCGUUCCGACGUCUUAUACCCGCGGAUCGUAUCGGAAAUAUUAAAAACUGAAAUCCCGUCGUCGUCGUCUCCGCCGGAGGCCCCCGACCGAUACGUGCCCUCCCGUCUUCCCGUCGACGCGCGUUAUCUCGGCGUCGGCGGCGGCAGCGGUGGCGGUGGCGGUGGCGACGACGACGACGACGACGACGAUGACGUCUGUUAUUUACUACUGUAUUGUAAUAAUAAAAUAUUAACGAGUAAUACAUAUAUAUUUCUUUAUUUUUAAGAGCUUAUCGCUUAUUCCUGAAUCACCGAACGAGGAAUGCGCGUGUGUUCACAAUAUUAUAGACAUUUAAUAAUAUGAUGUAGCGUAAUGUACAACAACAUCGACUACUAUCGCGGUGAUAACUCCCGGUUUCGGAAAUGAUAAAAUAUUAAACAGCGUUACAAUUAUGUAAAUCGUGCGCCGGCGAUUAUAAUUUGUUGUUUAUAACCUUCGUCCGGCCCAAUGUUGAAUCCUCCGGAUUCCGGGUAUAUGUCGGGAGAGGGAGGGGGGGGUGAUAGCCCCUCCCGAAAUUUUGUUUGCCCCUUGUUAACUGUGGGUCAAUUUAAAAUUAAUUAGGUAAAUAAUUAAACAAACUUGACUGGUCUAAGUAAGACGGUAGAAAAGAAAAAGAAAAAAAAAGGUCAUUACUGUAAUAAUAUUUUAGUAAUGUCCCCCCUCCUCAGAAAAAUUGUCCGAAUUCAACACUGGUCGAACCGUGAAACGAUUUUUAUCGUUAUCCGCGGCACAUUAUCACUCAGUAAGUUCGUUCGAAUUGGCACGGGACAUAGAAGCUAUAGAAGAAAGGGAAAGGAAAAGUGUAGUAAACCCACCUCUCCCUCCCCGCGGUUCCGAAAAUGCACGUCUGUCGGGUCGGGGGGCGCCUCAAUUCCUGUACAAUUUAUUAUAGAAUACGGAAUAUCGUUUUACGUUAAUAACGUUCUCUUAAUAAUAAUAAAUUAUCGAUCGAAAUUGCGAAAAACGCCGAAUUUUCCGCGCGACAUCCCUUCGUCGAGUGUUCGAUUUUUUCCGUUUCCCGCCGAGACGCUUUCCGGGGUGAAAAAAACUCCAUUUAAAAAUACCGGAAAACGCUACAGAGAUUUUCUCGAGUUUUCUAUUCGUCCGUGGCGACCGGAAAACAACAGAAUUACGAUUCUUCGGUUUUUAUUCGGUUCCGACGACGGGUUAAAAUGUCGCGUAUUUUCGCGGGAAAUCGGAAAUUCUUACCGCGGAACGUUGACGAGACGAGAGGGGCAAAGGAAAAAUAUAAAAACUGGUAGUUUUUCGAUGUUUCGACUUUUUUUUAUUUUUUUGUUUUCUUUUAUCCCAAGUGCCCAGACUCAACCCCCCCCCCCACACACACACACACGUUCGCUCCCGGACGCUAAACGGCCGAGCUUUUAAUAUUUGACGGCAUCCGAACCGCGAUGCACGCGGACAACGCAAUUCGAAUAAUAUUAUUCGUACGGGCAUCGCAUUCGUAUUGCAUUAUUCAUACAUGUCACGGCGGUAGUAAUAAUAAAACAAUAUUGCGGCGAGUACGAUAAGUACGAUUAAAAUAAUUAUCGAUGCGUGCGCGUGUGUUAUAUGUGUUGCGCGUGCACGUUUUGCACGCACACACACACACACACACACACACACACGGAAACGUUCGUAUACGCUUGCGUAUUGUCGUGCAGUUGUUGUUUGUUGGGGUUUUUGCUGGAGAAAAUUUCAAUUUCCCGUAAUUUAUUGGAUUUAAGGCGGACGAAUGCGCACAUUACCGCGGUUUACCGUCCAAAUUGCUCUAAAUUCCCGGUUCGUCGAAAUUAUCGGGCAGUUUUGGAGUUUCGAGGGGCGAUCCGUUACAAAAAACCGUCUGAAUCGUAUUCCUUUUUAUUUUUUUUUUUUUGUAAAUUUUUUUUAGACCGACCAACGUACGGCACUAUAAUAUCAUAGUGUCCGACUAGGAGAAUGAAAGAGGGGGUGGGGGAAUCCCAAAACGCUUUUGCAAAGUGUUUGCGAGUUACGCCCGUAACAAUAAUAUUACCGCAGUACACCAAUAUCAACGUACUUUUCUUUCAUUUUUUCUGUUUUACAAAUGAAACGUUUACGCACGUGACGCGACGACCGUAUAAUAGCGCGAUAACAAUAAUUUUUUAUGCGCGAGGGGGAGGACCCGUUGCGGCCGAAAGUCGCGAUCGCGCACCAUUAUUACCUAUACCUGUACGACAAUAAUAAUAAAAAAAAAAAAAUACACUUUUUGUACUUUUAUUUUUCGCGAUUCAAAAUACGCGUGGUACGCGCCGUUUACUAGCCGCCGUUUAAAUUUAAUACGAUGCCUAUACGCGGAGGCGGUUGGUUGUUUUUUUUUUUUUCAAAGUACUAUCGUGAAGCGUACGUUUAAUCUGUGGACGUAGCGCGUUUUACAGAACCGAGCGGCGAAAUUCCAACCAGUACAUGUUUGACGGCGGGAAAAGUAUUUGAAUCGCGAGAUUCGCAAAAAAAAAAACAAAAAAAAACGUGCGUCUGAGCCGUUCGGAAAUAUAAUGAGAAUUGUUGUGUUUUUUUGCAAAAGUCGAAUAUAAAAGAAUUUUAGAUUGCGGAAAUUCGAUAAAUUCGCGGUGGGGUGGCGGUAUUUUUGGGUUGGUGUAGGUGGGUGGAAAAUUAAAUUGGAUAUUCGAUGGCAAGCCGCCACUGCGUAAUACGCAAAUUGUAUAUAUAUUACCUAUAUUAAUGUAUAAUAUGUAUCCGCGUAGGCGUGUAGGCUCGCGAGCAAAACGUUUACUUCCGUGACGUGGAAAAUCAUUUCCAACCACAAAAAAACAGAGACCCUAUUAUAUUACUUAAUAAUAUUUCGAGCCCCCGAUAACUUUAUAACCUAACCGGGGUUUUUCAUAUAUCCGCGUGACCUCUCCCCGCCAUUAUCCCCGGAUAAUCGAUAUUCUACUGUUUAAAUCUGUAUUAUUAUUGUAUAGGUAUUGUAUUACCGGCUUAUUUCUAUACGUAAAAAUUUUGAAAACGUUAUCGGCCUCAACGUACGGAUCGACCGAAAUCUCAUUACACAUAAUAUUAUUAUCGGAUCCGACGGCGCUAAAAUAUAAUUACUUAACCAAACGGAACCGUGGUUUUCGAUGAUGAGGUUAUAAGGAUAUGCUGCAGAAGUCGUGCACGGUCGGACGACUGUGAUGAAUAAUAAAAAUGCGUUUUGGCGUGUUAGGCGAUCAGUGUUAUUAUUGUAGUAUAUUUUUUGUUUUUGUUUGGGUGAAUUCCAAAUUUCGGUACCUUACCUUACCUUCCUAUGUAUUUCAUAGGAAAAAAAAUAUGUUCGCACAUUUUUGAUAACCGUCUGAAUUUGUUCGUUCGUUCUACGUGUAAUUUUCAACGUUCACGGAAAUAAACAUCGCGAGGUAAGCGAUAAAAGAAAAUAAUAUGUGUUUGUCGAUUCCCUUUUAUAGUGUGCGCCUUAUCUAUCUACUAAGAUAGUGACUACCUUGGAUUAUUAUCACUAUAUGCAUUGAACGGACAUCCGUUUUAAAUCCACCGCGUUAUAAAUUGUGUAGUAUAAUAAUAAUAUUAUACGAUUUAUAUGGCUUAAUGUACUAUAUUUAUGUUAUUUCGUUACAAAUUGUAACGUUAACAAUGAGUUUAUACCGGCCAUAUAAUAUUAUGAUAGUUCAAUGUAGUAUUGUAGGAUAUAUCUAUAGUAUUGUCCUAUAUAUACAUUAUUCCUGGAUUUAGACAACAGGUCAGUCAAUCUGCGUACAUUUCGUGGCUGCCCACUAUUUUGGUAUAGUAUUGGUAAUUAUUGUUGUUGGAUCUUUAAGAGAAUUGGAAAUAGAUAUUUUUCAUUAUCAAACAUGUACGCAGCAUAGCGAUUUAGACCAAUCAAUUUAGUCGAUCGAUGUAGUGGAGCGAUUAGAGUUUUGACAACGGAUUUGAAUUCAGCAUGACGUGUUCUUACACGAGGUCGAUCAUCACAAAUUUCUCAAAUUUCAGUCCGUAAUUUCAAAAACUUUAGAAAUUCAUACUAAAUGUAUAACAUACAAAAACUAAAAUUAAAUUGAAAAAAGUGGCGUGACCGAUCUCAUGUACACUUUACGCUUAAGGAGAUUGGAAGCGACGAGCUUUGCCUUAUACACGUUAGAUAUAGAGAUUUAGACGUGUUUUAAUUACAACGUACCGAUUGAUUUAAUGAAGAGAUAAGAAUUCUGGAAACAGAUAUGAAUUCGUCUUGAAGACUACUUGAGAUCGACUUUUCAACUUUUUAAAUUUAUCUCUUUAAAUUCUAAAAAAAAGUCAUACUGAUAAAAGAGUAAUUGAAAAAAAUGGAAUAUUUUAAUUUUUUGAGAAAUUAAAAUCAAAAAGGUGGGGAAGUCGAUCUUAAGUAGUCUUCACGACGAAUUCAAAUCUGUUUCCAGAAUUCUUAUCGCUUCACUAGAUCAAUCGGUACGUUGGAAAUAAAACUCGUCGCUUCCAAACCCCUUAAUUCAAAUCUUUAUUCAAAACUAUUAUCGUUUUACUACGCCGAUCGGUCUAAUUGACUGAUGAAGAUUGAUCUGAAUUGCUGUGGCUCGUCGUAUAUGUUAGACAAUAAAAGUAAAUAUCGGUCUCGAAUGAAUGGUAUUCGGCAUGGUAUCUACCCAUACCGAUAUUCGUCUAAACGCGGCUGUUCAGUAUGUAAAUAUACCAGGAAUUUUUCCUAAUUUCUGUUUCUCGUUUUACUCGAAAUUGUGGCCUCACAUUCGACGCGAAUGUAGAUUAAGAAUAUGAACGGGUUCAAUGACUCUCACGUAUACCGACACCUAUAUAAUUUUGACGUAUUCAACCUGUACAGACGAUUUACAUAUUAAUUGCUUAAUACGUUCGUCGUAUAUGUGCGCGUCGGUACGGCACGAAUAAUGGAGUCACUUUUUUUUUAUCGAAUAUAACGUAUAGGUACGCGUUUUUAUAGUUUUUUUUUAUUUUUUUUUUUAUUUAUACCAAAAACACAUAAUAUUAUUGUUAUGCUCGUUUUCUUUUACAUCAUUUUUUUGCCGUCAUGCGAUCGCAGACUUCGUUAAAAAUUUGAAGACCGUCGUCUGAAAAAAAAAAACAUGAAUCUUAUCUAAUUUUGUUUUUUUUUUUAUUUUCAGGUGUGCGAGGAACAAAAUUGCGAAGAUCAAGUGUUCCCGUUGUCCGUGAAUUUUCUGGACAGAUUCCUGUGCGCCUGCGACAUAUCCAAAACGCACUUGCAGCUGACCGGUGCUGUCUGCCUGUUGCUGGCGUCCAAAGUGCGGCAGUGCAACGCGCUGUCCAUUGAACUGCUGUGCUAUUAUACGGAGAACAGCGUCACUCCGGAAGAGAUGAGGGUGAGUUUUCGGGAAGGGACGGGUGACGGAAAUGGUUUUUUUUUCUUUUAUAAAUGAUUUUUUACGGGGUCGUCGUAACGAGGAAGCGGUCGUCUCGGUCCGGCCGUCGUCUUAGAAUAUCGUGGACAAGUGACGAUGAUAAUAAUAAUAGUAUCCUGCGCGAUCAUUAUCUCCGGGGAAGAAACCAUGUAUAGUUAUAAUAUCGUAAAUGUUAUAAUGUACUGUGUACAUGACUGAAACGCAGCUGCGUUCGGGAACAACGUGAAAAAAAACCACAUUGCAAUUAAUGCAUUGAUGAUAACAACUCUUCUCGUUUCCUCGAAAUCCCUGCAGGCUUUUUUUUUGUACGGUUUUUAAAUUUUUUUUUUUUAUUUAUUACUGUCCCCCUUGUCUCUCAGUACCUAAUAUAAUAAUAAUUGUCGCGUGUUCCGGUCUCGCGUCGCCGUCGUCGUCCGGCCAAUAUAAUAUAAUAAAAAAAUGUUCCGUCACGGAACUCGUUGCUUAUAAUAUGUACAGCAGUCGUCUCAGACACGACAGUAUAAUAUUAUUAUAAGUUCUGACCACAAAAAAAUAUUAUUAACAUUAUACGUUGCCCGGUCAAUUAACGACAAAUAUACGACGCGACGGAAGGUCUAUAUGUACUCGUUGUCGUAUAAUAAGUUAAUAACGAAUAAUUGUUCGUUUCCCGGUCGCGAUGACUGAUGACGACGUCGGCGGCGUGCUUACCGCCUACUCAUCGUGGGAUGCUCGCGCGUGCCAUUAAGCGUAAUGUAAUAUUUGUUAUUUUUUCUUCUCCUAAAGCAGACCCGAUAGCUAAUACAACCGCGGAUAAAAUUGACCAAAGUUUAUAGGCCGUAUAUUAUUGACAAAAAAAAAAUUAAAUACUUUCGAACGAUCGAUAAGGCCUAAAAAAAGAUGGAGUUAGAACGACGGUAUAAAAUAUUAUUCGAGAACGUUGGGUUUUUAUAGCAAAUUGGAAGGAAUGGUACAAAGCAGUUAGAUGUACAUGACGUUAUAUAUAGUUUUCUAAAACUCUCUUAGAAAGUAUAGUCUGAAGGAAAUUAAAAGACAUUUGAAAGUCAUGAAUUCAUAUUGCGUUCAAAACGAUAUAGUUUUAGAUUUUGAGCUAAACCCUUGAGCUUUUUUUAAAACACUCGUUUUCGACCAGUAUACUUGACCGGUAGGAGUUUUCCUGUGGCAUUUUGAACCUUUUUGGUGUAGUGAUUUAACUAGGACGUUCCUAUUGGGAUGGGAGGGGCUGAUAUAAAUAUUUAUUAAAAAUAUCAAAACAAUCAAUAAAAUUAAUAUUAAACGAACAAAUAUUGUGAUAUGUUUCACACUUGAUAUUAUGCAUCUUGUAUUGUGUAUAACAAGUCGUUGCAAAAAUGGUCUGGGUUAUAGAAUUCAUUGAGAGGUUACGUUUUACCCAUCACAUCACCACUUGAGAACGUCACUGUGUUGGCGCGUCAUCAUACAUUUUUUUUAUGGAAACAUGAAAAAUAACAAAGACUCGUAAAAAUCAUCAUUUUUCGGACGUCGACAAUUUGAAGAACUCGUAAAUACUUAGUGGUGGUUUUUCAUUUUUUUUCACAAGUAUAAGAUUCAUAUCAUAUAGGUAGUACCUAUCUGUUAUGUUGGCUAUAUCAUAAUAUAGUUUUAAAAUCGGUGUGUCACAUGCCCACGGUUAGGGUUUUCUCGGGCUUACAAAAGUACAAUAAUGUAUAAAAAGCCUCCAGGGACAACACAAUAAUAUAAUAACUAGAGCAUUUUUUACGAAUUAUUAUUUUUUUAUCGGACGCGUUUGUCUUUGUCCCGCGGCAAAGGUCCCGUUUUCUCAAUGUGGUAUCGUGAGAAUAAUAUUAUACAUACUAAACCUACCUACAUAUUAUUAUUACAGUAUCGAAAACACGUUUUGUCGCGACGACGGGGACGGCUUUUUCUCUAUCCUUAUAGCUAAGUGAGUGUAAGUACAACGGGCGUGUCAAGUAUAAUAUUUUUCCAUAUCAAACGCAUAUUAUCCACAUCGCAUCGUCGUCCUACAAUGGAAACCCGGGCACAUGUUUUUUUUCUUUCUUUUUAGAAAUGUUGCCUGCCGUCCGGUUAUUUCGGGGAUUUAAAAACGGGGGCAGAGAGGGGGGGGGUUCAUUGGUGUUGGGUUUAUUUUUUUACAUUUUCGUCCCCGUCACACUAUUAUAAUAUUGUGUAUGUGUAUGUAUCUACCCCUUUAUUGGAUAUAUAUUAUAUAGGUGGUCAAAUGUCCCGCACGAGGUACCCAUACUUCUAUAGACGCUCUUAGACAAACAACAACAUACACACACACAUGAUGUGCACUCACUUCCUCGUGCAGAUGUGUGCGCGUCGUGUGUGAAUCGGACCGAAGUGAAUUAAUUCACUUGUACCGAUAUUGCAGCGAUAUAUUGUAUACAGGGUGACGGGUAACGCCAUUGCGUGUAUACAAUAAUUGAAUAAUAAUAAUAAUGUAUCGGACCGGUCGGCGGAUUAGCCGGACGUGAUAUUGUGUUUAUGUAGUAUACACGAAAGUACGCGUUUUUGUUUUUUUUUUCGUUCGCCUUGACCCACGAUUGCGUAAUGUUAUCGUGACGAUAACACGACGACGAUGGAAAAACUAAAAAACCUGUAAAUCGUGUUUAUUCAUAAUGAUGGUACGAGCGUGUCCCCUGCAGAGUUAUCCGCGAAAAAUAAUUGUCCCAAAGUUAAUUUUUGUUUUGUUCUUUUGGCACAUUAAUAUAAAUUAACUGAAAGUCCCGAUAAAAUGUUAAAUUUUUUUUUUAAAAUUUUUAUUUACAAAAUAAUGUAUUAUACUUGUGGACUUUGAACGAUCUAAGCACCAUAAAUCUUGAAAUUAUGAGGUGACUAAGGACUCUGAAGAAUGUUUUGAUCGAGAGAAACGAUGAUGGGAUAAAUGCAUUGCUACGGGCGGAGAGUAUUUUGAAGAGGUUAUAAUUGAUGUUUCACAAGUUACGAUGAAUACAAUUUUUACUUUCAAAGUUUGCGUAUUUAUUAGACAAACUACGUAUUAAGUACUUUUGAGUGAUGCAAAGUUUCCGUAAUUUUCUGCAAACAGCACGAGCCUUAAUUAAUAAUAUUAUAUAUUCUCCGCACUCGUGUACUGUUUGGCGAACUUUUUCUUUUUUUGCGAUCCCUGCGUGCAGUGUAGUGUACGAACAUUGCAGACAAGAUAAGAACCUAUACAUAUUUGAAAAUCUCGUUUAUCCAUGGAAAAAAUGGAAAUGAAUCAUUUACAGGGCAAAUUUUCGGUGAUCCUUUUUUUUUAGACGAGGGUUGAUUUCGAGUAUAAGCAUAAAAUAGAGUAGAAUGUAAUAGUAUGUCUCCGGAUUUCGUCGAUAUAUAAUAGUAUAACGAUCGUUUUGAACUCGUUUUAUUCCCUUAUUGCGCGGUCUAUAUAGGGUUUCGAUUUUUUCGUAUAUAAUAAUAUAAACACAUAAAUCAUCGUAUUUUAUUCGUUAAAUCCCAACUCAAAUCGCACACCUAAAAUAUAAAUAACGUUAGGUACGUAUGGUAUUUUGACGAUCCGGCGCGCAUUAUUAUAUUAUUAUUCAACGGCGGUGAUGCAUUGCCAAGGUCACCCCGGAUCGGUGAACCGUCUCCGCGUGAAAAAUCCCUCGAAAUCUCUUUCGACUGCUGCACAUCGCAAAUAUACGCGUAUAUAGAGAGACCCUCGUCGGGUCCGCGACCCCGCAUCCACGGCUCACGAGAUGUUAUAAGACGCGGUAUAAACCGAAAGAAUAUAUAGGUGUAUAUACCGCGAAGUCGUAUUGUUAUUUAUUAUUAUUUUAAUACUUAUACAAUAUAAUACCUAGCGGACCUCGUCUAAUGAGAUUUAAAUAGCUAACCGGUAUAAUACUAUACUCGUAAUAUUAUAAUAUUCUUCUUAUAGUCGCGCCACAGCGGCCCGAUUCGUUCCGCGUCGCCUGAUACCCAUUGAUUUCGACGCGAAAUCGAUAAAUCAGCCAGACUAUUAUAACCCCUUUUACGCGCCGGCCCUUUACUAAUAACGAUAACGAUAAUAAAUAAUAAUAAUAAUAAUAACGUAUACAGUAUAUACCGUAGGUAUCGCUGUAUUUUUUUAUUAUUUUUUUUUCUACUCUUGAGUAUACUUAUAUCCGCGGACUGGUUUGUUCCGUUAAGUUCCCUGGAAACGAUUCUUAUUUUAUACCUACGAGAGACUAUAUGCGUUUCUUACGUGGCAAACGGUCGUCGCCGUGUCCGUUGUCAUAGACUUUUUUUUUACUCUCCACAGAAACUCGUUUAUUUUCCAUACCCAUUUCGUAUAAUAUCCGUACUUCUAUUACCGCGAUGACCGUAUACACUGCCGCAGCUUAUACGACUUUUUUGCGCGUAUACUUAAAUAUAAUUGUAUUAAUCCUCUAAGUACGCCGCUUUCAAAUAAAUUACUUGCACGCGCGAGUCUAAAUAUUUAAUAAUACGACCGUUGUGGAUACAAUGUCGCGGUAUUUUUAUUCUUUUACAAUACGUUACAGCUAAUGUUGAAAAUCGGGUAAUGACGAUUUCUCGUAGAACCGAUUUUGUGCAAUUAAUUUUAAAAUUGAAAUGAAUUGGCCUAUUAUACAAUUCGAAGGUAAGAACAUGAUUUGUGUUUGAAUGUUGGUUUGUUUACUUUCAAGCGAGAUACGAGUAUGUGAAAUAUUACAAUUUAAAAAUAAUCGCUUAGAAGUUAAAAAAUCCAACGUAUAAACACAGACAACGUUCUUAUAUUUAAGUUUGUUUAUAGGCUAAUUUCUCUAAUAUUAAAACAAACAGUUAAAAAUCCGUUCUGCUGUAUGAAAAGUUGACAAAUAAUAUAAUUUCCAAAACACCUAACCGUGACAUUGUAUACAUUCUGCUCGCAUACGUAUUAUCGACAAAAUCGUUAAGUUAAAUUUAAUCAUAUCUAAUAAUGAUUCUCGAAAAAAAAAAAAAAGUAUAUCUAAUACAAAAUAUAAGUCAUAUAUUGAUUAGACACCGCGAAAAAAACCUCGGAUACCAAGAUCAUACAUGGUUAAACUUAUCGAUUUGUAAAUCUUUUUUUUUCCUUUAACAUAAAUUAUCACUUAAAAGCACAUAAUAAGGUCUUAUUAUUAAUAUUGUUCCAUCGUUGUAUCAUAUUAUUAUCAUAAAUUUACUUUUCUCGCGUUAACAUUGUACUCGAAUAAUAGUGAUUUUUUUUCCUCCAUAAAUAAACAACACAAAUACAUAAUAUUACAAUCGCAUAUGACACUAGACUUCUGUAUUUUAAUUUUCAUGUAAAUAUACGGUUAAAUCGCAUAAAGAGAUUGGUAUAAAAAAGUACUCCGGCUGUCGUCAUAGAGAACGAUGUUCUCAUGUGUUGAUAUUUUAAAUGAGCAGCCAUCGUAUUAUAUUUAUAGUCAAUGGUUGUCGGUUUUUUUUUGUUUUAGACAUUUUUCAAAAACGUUUUGGAAAUAUAUAUAUCUACUUAAAAUAUACAUGUAGAAGAGGGUUUAGAUUAUAGUACCUACACUUGAAGGAAAAUCCAUAUAUUUUUUCAGGUAGGAGAAAAUUGUCGAACAUUAUUUAUUAUAAUCGAAAAAGUAGCGGUUUACCAGAAUAAAACGAAGGUACUGUGGGUGGCCUUAAAAAGUACGUUAAAUAUAUAGCUAUUUUGUGUGGUAUAGAAAUCGUUAAAAUCUUCAUUAUAAUACGAUAAGUACAAAUAAGAUAAUCAAAUAAAGAUUCUGAGCAGAGUAUUAUUAAUUAUUUAUUUUCCCUUGUUACCAAGGUAAUCGAGAAACAAUAAAAAUUAUACACAUAUUUGCCAGUAUCUCCCAUUUAUUAAGAAAACUUCAGGGAAAAUAAAACAAUUUUCGUCUAUUAAAUGCACAAGCUAGAUCAAAAAUACUAGAAGAAAGUUUCUAUAAAGUUUUUGAUUGAAGCAAAAUUUCUGGUGGAAAAUUUGUUAACAAACAUAAAAGGAAAAUACAUACCAUAGUACCUAAAAUCAAUAUAUUCCUCAUCAUUCUGUACUUACGUCAUUUUGAAUAACUUCCGUCGGAAUAUAUUUUGAACAUAGUACGGUGUAAUUGUAAUAAUAAGAUGGGUUCCGACAUAUUACCGGAAGUCUAUACCAAACGAUGUUCCCAGAAGUCUUACAGACAUUUUGUCUGAGAGUUUGACGAUAUCUAGUCGAUAAUAUAGGUCAAUACGAACGAGUUUCCUGUAGGAGUGUAGUACAUUAUUAUACAAGUAAAAGGAAAUCUUUUAUUCGAACGAAAUAUAGCGCAUUGUGUAGGUAUAUGUUUUUACGUCACACGACCCUCUGCUUCCAUCAUCCUUUCCCAUACAAACCAUCAUAAUGUAUAAUAAUUCUCAUUCAAUAUAAUCAUUCCGGUUCAAUCGAAUAGGUGUCUAUAUAUUAUACACGUGGUCUAAUUACAAUAUCCUGUUUCCUAUAGACAUUUUAAUUUUCGUUAUGCAAAUGCGACGGGGGCAUAUAAGAGCGAGUAUACCCACUUAUACUAUAUCGAUUUCAAAAAAAAAAAUUCCUUUUGUUCGGGUCAAAAAUAUUUUUUCGGUACACCGGGGCCGCCCGCGCUUAUUUUUUCUUGUCGGGGUCAUGGUUUGCUAGACAUGUGUUUAAAAUCAUCUUUUUUUUUUUUUUACUACGUAUGCAUGCGUUUAUUUAGGAAGGAGGAUGUUUAUACCCGGCCACAAACUCGCGGUCGUUGUACAACUGUUCAACGGUAUAAUAAUAUCCUGACGGGUCGUUCUUAUAUUAUUUUUUCCUUUUCACCGUCGUCGUCGUAUUAUUAUUACUCCGGGCAAUUAGUUCCACCGAAAGUAUUAUAUUUUCACUCUUUUGAAAGGAAAAAAAAACAAAACGUAGAACUCGAUAUCUACUGUCUAUGUAUAUAGGCUCCUACGCCACCGCAGGGACUAUUAUAGAAUGAUAAACAAUUUUAUUAGGUUCACAUCGAAUGUGUUUUUCCCAUCGUAUUUUUUUUUCUGUGUUUCACGCUUGAAGGCUCGGCCCUCGGCCGUCGUCGUCGCACGCAAACUUAUACGCAUAUAGGUAUCUACUCCCCCCCUCCCCGUAAAAAUAUUAUAAUAUAAUUGUUUUAAUUAGUGUUUUAAUGUUUCGUAAAGUAUUAAUAUAUAUGUAUAGGUUAAUGAAUUACGUAAUGCCGUAUAAAUUAAAAUUCCCCGUGUGUAUACUUUCCGCAUAAUCCGACAUACGCUGCAAUAAUUAUUAAUAAUAAUUAUUGACUAUACAAUAUUCAGUAAUUAUUAUUGCCGUAAAGUCGGUUAUAUUAUUAUAUACGAAUUGUUAACGAUAUUGUCCCGGACAGGACCGCGGAUUUAGGGUUGUGGAGCUCGUAAUAUUCGCCGGGGGCGCAUAAAAUAAAGGGGAAUAAUAUAGGAAUGUCACUAUCGGGAAAAUAAUAAUAAUAAUUACCGGUUUAGAAAUAUUUUUGUUAUACUUUGUAAAGUAAUCGUUUUCACAUUGCAUUUUGCUCCCCGUUACCUAUCCAACGAGGGUUUGCGCAACAAAUUGCGGGGUCAAUUUUCGAUUGAAAGUCGGACGUGAAUUCGCAAUUGAGUUUUGGCGAGCAAAACGAACCGUAUGUUAGAUAAUGAUAGAAACCGUUGAUUUUUAUCGUUCCAUGCAAAUAACAUUCCCGAAUAUUAUUUUCCUAUGUAUUAUAGUCCUCUACGGGACCCAUCAUACUUGCCCAGUGAUCACUCUCGUAGUUGCAAAAUAUUAGCUAGCUCUCGGCCCGUUGAGUACACGCUUUGACGUUUUAAAAACUCUAUCCUGAAAAGGGGUAAAAACUCUGGUUAAAACCAUUACCAUCAUUGGUUGAUUUGCUGUCAGAUUUUCGUAUCCUUUCAACACUCCCUGACGUCAUCGUUCUAAGUAUAUUAACUAUUAUAAAUAUAACUCCAUUUAUAAUAUUAUACUGACGGUGAAAAUCAUCUGAAAUGGAACUCCGUCGAGGGACUGAAGAAAAUAAGCGUUAGUUUUAUAAUAUACUGUAUAGUUUCCGUCUUGGACAGGUUUUAGUGUAAUAAAAGAAUAAAGAAAUAAACUGUAUAUAGGUUCAUUGCAGUUAGUAAUUGAACGUUACAAUAUGCAAUUGACGCGAAUUAAAAGAAAUCUAGAUGUCCUUCGGUGGCCAUUUGGUUAUAUUAUAAUAAUACUAGUAAUAAUAUAUGCUCGUCUACUUCCUAAUUCAAUCAAUAUAAUAUUAUGUUUGUCAUCUUAUUCUUUUUAUUUUUUUUCACUUCCCCUCCGUUGCAGUCGCGGUCUUGUCUAUAUAAAAAAAAGAAAAAAACGUUCGUUCAUCUUUACGCUACCCCGAAGCUUUUGUGCUCCUCGACAGGAAAAACACAAAAGGCAGGAAAGACGGUUUCUUUCCACGUGUAUAAUAAUAAUAAUAAUAAUAAUAUUAUAACAAAACAAUGUACAAUUUUUCACGGACCUGUAACUUCGAAAGCGAUAUGUAAGUAAUUGUAGACUUAUAUUAGUGUAUGUAUUAUUAUUAUUAUUAUAUUGCGUGCGGGGCAAAAAAUGUCCAACCCUUACAUACGUGUGGUUAGGUACGGUUAUCAGUCACGCGCGCGAGGAAACCGUUGCAGUCGUGUCUUGUCGUAAACGAGCUUGUAAUUUGUUCGCGUUUACCGCGCACCGUAAACAAUUGUUUAUACACAAGAAGUUAUGUAUACAAUAUGCAAAUGUUCGUGUACGAAUGUGCGUAAACCGUUUGUACAAAGUCAUCGUAAACAAUAAUAUUGUUGUACAAUAACGUUGCUGACGACGGUUGAAAUUUAUGAUUAUUACGAAUUUCGUCAAAAUGUCAACUUCAAAAACAAUAUAUUAUAGGUGUUUAGGGUUAGUAAAGGUGUACGUUCGACUUUUAUGACGAUCCAUUUUAUACGCAGCCAGUAAAGUCGUUAUACGCGUGUAUCGGAAAAUGAGUUUAAUAUUCCCGUUAUUCCGACCGUUUUUUCACCCCAAUCAUUAGGAGUAAUAUAAGGAAAUUAAAAUAAAUUAUACCUCCUUGACACAGAAAGAUCCUUUAAAAUUUUUGAACGGGGUAACUAUAUUGUGCAGGUCGAAAUCAUAAUAUAGUAAAACCGAUUAUUUAUUAGACGACUUCGUCAUAACAAAAAUGACUUUCAAUGUAUUAGUCCUCUCGAAAUUCAUGUAUAGCAAUGAUUAUAUUAAUUAAUCUUGAUGAUUCGGAUGAUGGUAUUUAACUACUCGAAUUUGUUUUUUCCCCUUGAUCUUCGAACCGUCGAACAUUAACCAUAAUCAAACAUUAGCUGCAACAAUAUUAAUAGUAAUAAUCAUCUUAAUUAAAAUAAUAAUGCAACAACAUUGUUAUAAUGUUAUAACAUAAUGUAAAAUUAGGUAUUUACACAAUUUUUCAGCGACAGAUUUUAAUUUCAUUUUUUAAAACAUUAUAAAAAUGAUAAAUUUGAUUUAUUUAGCGUAUUCCUCUAAUUAAGAUUAUAUUUGAAUGAGCAAAAAUAAUAAUACUCCACUAGUAUAAUAUUACGCGAUAAUUUUACGGUUAGAUGGUUUUAAUUAAUUUUUUUUUUUUUGCUAUUUCGAAAAAUACUAUCAAAUAAAAAAUUAUCGAUUGUAUAAUAUAAAAUUUAUGCGAUUUUUUUGAUUUUAUUAAUUAAUUAUGUGGUUGGUUUUUUAAGUUGUAAACUGUUUAAAUAUAUACGUACUAUUGAUUAGUAAAAACGUGCGAUAUUUCAGCUCGAUACAAAAUGAUAUUAAUUCGUACAUUUCGACGUGAGUCAGACGGCACUUCGGGUUCUGGAACGGGGUCCAAACUUUUAAACCGGAAUAUUAAUAAAUCAUUUUAUAUAUUUAGUCCUAGAAGAGAAGGGCUUUUUUAAAAAAUUUUCUCAUGCGAUAUUUUUCCUUUUUUUUUUUUCGGUCUAAAUAACAUAAGUACCAUAUACUUAUGUAUAUUUUAACACAUGUUAAACUGAACAUUUAAAUAUAUUAAGUCACUAUCAUGUAUACUUAUUGUUUAACAAACAGGCAUAAAUCAUGUGAUUAUAUGACUAGUGCCGUUUAGAAUGCAAUAUUUAGAUUAGGCUAUUUUUUUUUUUAGCAAUUUUCAAAAUGUAAUUUGCUUGUAUUAAAAAAUUUACAAAAUUGAAUUGAACUCUUCUUCCCUGGGACUAAAGAUAUAUACGCACGAGUACAAUUCUGGAACCUAGAAAUGAGGUAUUAGACAAAUGAGCUAUAAUAAUAAGACAGGUUCGAUUAGUAUCCAGUUUGAGAGAAUAAUUAGAAGAAGUUAUAUUGGUGUAUGGAUACAAGUUUAGAUUACCGUGUUUCGCUGUCAUAUAUUCUUAGGUCUGCUUUUGUCUUGCAGACAAUGGCGUGAAUUGAUAAAUUCGGCUCUGACGAGAAAAAUUUAAAUGUCUCCCCUCUUUUAUAUUUAGUUUAAAUGUAGAAGAAUUAAAUUAUACGUAUGUAUGAUUUAGGUACGAGUAUAUGUCUUUAAUAGUAUAUUUUCAAUUUUUUUUUAUUGUAUUUAAUAGUAGUACCAUAUUAUAAUGUACCAUAGUAUAUCACUUAUAAAAAAAAAACUAUUUUAAGUUUGAUUCUCCGACCUUUUGAAUUGGCAAAGUUGUGAAUAAUAAUCUGCGAAACAUUUAUCGGCUGGUUCUUCAGUUUCGCAUAUUGUGUUCAACAACGCGAUGUCUGACGGCUGUUCUCGGCCCCCAAAAUUGAAUUCCUCUAGUAAUUUUUACCGUUUUUAAUGUUUACAUUUUACAAGUUUCCAAAUCGAUAGAACGGUCCCCUCCUUUCACCCCGGAUAUUAGGAUGCCGAUGCGAUGCGGCCACAUUGAUCCGCAUCCCCUGUAUACGCCAAUGGUUGCCCGUGGAGAUAAUUAUUAUAUUGUCCGUUUCUCGAUACCUUUACAGUAUGUUUGUGCAUGCCUACGUUCCAUUGGUUUUAUUGGAUUUUUAUUUAAUUAUUUUUCGCAUAGCUAUCCGUGAGACGACACUAACCCGGCCGCGGCGACGGUUCAGAACAGGUUCCGCAUCCGCCGCGCAGACGAAAUCGUUUCGAAACCAUUUUUAUGCGAGUAUAAUAUGACGGGCUGAUGCUGCCGCCACUGCCGUCGGCAUCAGCACACGCACACCGUCCGGAACAAUACCCGUGCGUUGGGGUCUAUGUAGGUCUGGUGGAAUUUCGCAAAGGCACGAGGAAAAAAAAAGACAAACACACACACACACACACACAUACAUACAUACACAUACAUACAUACACAUACAUACAUACAUACAUACACAUACCGACGACGAAGAGUGUAUAGCUAGACUCGUUUUAUUGACCUACCUUAAAAAAAAAAAUCAAAUUUCGUACAUAUAUCUAUAUGCAAUAAUAUAACCUGACUGCUUGUUUAUUGUUGGCAGUUUACGUACAUGUAUAUAUAUAUAUAUAUACAUUAUUGUAUGUAUGUAGAGAAGUGACGAAACUGACGGUGGCGGGAGACGAUAAAAAAAAAACCCCGACGAUUUCAUUAUAUUUGUAUUUGUGUAUUUGCGACUAUACGGCAUUAUGUUAUAAUAUUGUACGAUGACGAUUAAGAAAUCCUCCCCUUCGCAAAAGCGCACACUGCACACAUUGCUGUGCACCACCGUAGAAUAAAAGUAUAUACUCGUACGUUAGGUAUAAAUAUGAGUUAACCGAGGCGCCUUUUUAUUCGAUUUUAGCAUUUUAUUGCAGCCCAUCACGCACGAUAAUGAUAUAAUAAUACGGAAACCGAUUAUAGACCUAUACGUACAUUAUAUACCUAAUAAUUACAAAAUCAUCCAUAAAUUUAAUAGUAAUUACACGGUAUACGACCGGUGUGUUAUUUAAAUAAUUAUUGAGUUCAAAAAAACGCAAAUUAAUUGUAAUAGAAAACGAUCAUGCGUGUACCUAAGCGAGUAUUUUGUGCGUUUUAUUUUUCGGUAUUGUUUAGUUCAAUAUGGUAUCUACCUCACCGUUUUUUAUUUUUGUUCGGUUCAGAAAUUAAUUUAAUUUAAAAAACUGUCACAAAUAAAAUGUAUACGAUUCUGAGCGAAUUCCCUUUCGGGUAAUUAUCGUUUUUCACUAAAUUAAAAAUUUUAUCAAUAUUUGUAUGGUAUAUUAUUAUUUGGGUUUAUUCGACCUCUAGGAUUUUUCUUGCAAUGUAUCCCGUCUUGCAAUCAAUCCUCCAGCUAUAUCUCUAUCUGUCGCCAAUUCGGUUAACAUCUUCUUAUAAAACUCCCAUGCACUUUAGUUUUUACUAUACGCCUUUUCACCCCGACCUAUAUCCAAAGAUUUUUUUCUCUAUUACAGGAUUCUGUUCCAGAACAGUUUGUACAGUAUACAUAAAGUGAGUUUUGCAUUCUCCUGUAGCAUGCAUGUCUAACCUCUCACAAUCUUUUUCGAUCUCCAAUGUUUAUAAUUAGAUUUAUAACAUAUUAUACAAUUUAUCGUGCGAUUUGUUGUACGUUAUAAUUUCAUCACAAUUUUAAUUUGUAAAAUUUAUUAUAGGGUUAUUUUCGUUUAAUAUGAAUAUUAUACGUAUAGCUAUAGUGGAAUCGUAUGGUAUACUUUUACAGUUUAACAGUUUAAACUAUAGAUAUUAUAUACAUCGAGAAAUAACUUCCCCCCUUUGUAUACAUAACGCAUUUAUGUAAAACCACAAAAGUGCGUACCGCGAGAACCCUAUAGCGAGCCGCUUAAAAAACGUGUUUGCGUCGAUACAAUGUUUUUAGUAAUUGUUUUUCUUAUAUUGUUUUAACGGUCUUUUGUAUUCGUAAACAAUCGUGAGACCGACCGCGACGACUAUAAAAAUAUAUACGAGACAGACUAUAGGGCGAAAAAUUCGGUUUCGCAAUAUAUCCCUUCUAUUCGCCCUCUUAAAUCCAUUGAAACGUGUUGAUUGCGCCGUCUAGACGUUUACGUAUUGCACAUUAUUAUCGAAAUACACGUUCAAAUUUCCGUGCCUCUAUUACGCUAAAUAUAUAGGCACUACUUGAAAUAUUUAGAUUUAUUACGCGUAUUGACAUGUGGUUUUUGUCAAAAACCUUUUCAAACACACAGCUAUGCGAAUGCGUUCAACGUAUAGUCUUACGUCAUUAUUAUUGAAUAAUUUUUGUUUUAAUAAUGUAUAGAACAUUAUAUUAUUUUCUAUGUAUGUGUAUAUACCGAUAUAAUUAAUUAAUUCGAUGCGUUUUUCACAUUUUCUAUACCGCAGGAAUGGGAAUUGUUGGUCAUUUCUAAACUGGAAUGGAGAAUCGUGGCGGUCACCAGUUUCGAUUACGUGGAUCACAUUAUGGAACAGAUCAAAUGGAAAAGACGAAACGAUUCGAUGCUCCGGAGACACAUGCUGACGCUCAUCUCUUUCUGCUAUAUUGGUAAGUAAAAAAUACCACCGGCGUCGUAACUAUUAUUAUAUUUAAUUUGUAUAUCGUUUCAAAUGUGAAUGUAAUACCCUCUUAAAACCCCAAAAAAUUAAUAACCCCCUAUUAUAAAAUGCACUAAAAAGGAAAAAGGAAAAAAAAAAUAAGAAUAUUCUAAUCUCUUUCAAAAAUAUCUGAAACGAAUUUUUAACAAAUGCGAGCAUCGCACAGCAAGUCUUAGAAAAAAAAAAAAAUGUAAAACGCAUUGAAAUCCCUGCCUUAAUGAUGAAAUAUCACGUCGUCUUUAAGUAUAUAUAUUUUUAUACAAUAGAUAUUUCAAAAUUGUUUAAAAAUAAGCACUGUUGGACAUCGGACUUAUUACAUACAUAUGAGUACGUAAAAAAUAAUGCGUAAAUGCCAAAAAUCAAUAAUAUUCUCACAUAAUAUACGUAUGCAGGUAUAAUAAUGAUUUUAUUUUUCGAAAUUACGCGUUUUGUCAAAGAUCAACGACCGAUUUUUUUUCACGUAUUAUUAUAUAGGCACGACUGUUCGCGCCACGACUAAAUAAAUAUUUAGCCCACAUUUGUUUUAUUAGUAAUUAUCACACGUUAACACAUAAAUUUAAAAAAAAAACCGUGAUGAUAAGUCACUAUAUAAUAUUAUUGUUUUGUUAUAACAGUUGUUCCCAAAGUGCGCGCGGACUUGAUAUUAUAUAACAAUAUAAUAUGGAUAUAGUGAAUAGGUUUUUUUCUCUCUUUCCGUUCGAGACCACAAGAAAAAAAAGCCGUCAAUAAAAAUAUAUAAUAUAUAGUAAAUAUUAAAAUAUACCUAUAGUAAUUCGUGGAGGUGUCAAAAUGUAUACAGGUGCAGGAUUUAUAUUGUUUGAGGCUUUUUUCCGUCUGUGUUUUUUUCUCAUUUAUUUCGGCAAUGACGAAUUACCCUUCAGAAAAUAAUAUUCAGAUAUACCUGCCUAGCUAUAGUACCUAUACGUAUAAGUUUAAGUAUAUAUCCACCGAAAUAUUAUAAUAUAAAACGUAAACACAACGAAUACUGCUAGUGAUGAACAAAAAACCCAAAAAUUAAAUUUGGUGUUCUAUGAUAAUACCACUUGACGAACUACGUCGUCGUUGUCGUUUCGCUUUUCCACGGCUAUUCACCUCUCGGUCACAUUGUAUAAUGUCAACGCGUUAAUUUACAUGCGUUUUCGGGUUACAACAAACGACUAAACUCUCGAAAACAUUAUAAACAAUUAUAUUCAUAUGCGCGUGUUUGUCGCUAGCAGCAGCGGCGUUAAACUAACUGCAUAAUAUAAUAUAUAUAUAUAAAUAUAUAUAGUAUAACGAUCCAAGGUUACAUAUGCAGCUAUAAGUGAAUCGUAGGCUUCGGGCUUUAAAUCGAAAUGCGAGAGUGGACGAAAAAAAAAGACUGAUAUUGCUGACGGAUAUACCACUGUUUUAAAAAGGAAGUUUAGAGGUAGGAUACGUAGAAAAACUUAAUUUAUAUCUAUAUGCACAACGAUAAAUCAUUACUGACGAAAAACGAUUAGAUGUAUUUUAAACAAAAAAUGUCUAAGUUUACCUAUUUAUUAGGAAAACUGCAAUGGUCAACUAGAUCAAAAAUGUUACAAAAAAGGUUUUAUAAAGUUUUCGAUUGGAGCAAGAUUUCAGGUAGGAAACACAUUAUAUUAAAAUUGAUGCAUUCCUAGCUUCGUUCUAAAUCUAAAAUUUAACCGUUUGGAAAACCAUGGUUGUGAAUGUAAUCGCGCAAAAUAUUCGCUACUGUAGGCUAACAAUUCUCUGGUAAAAUAAUAAUUUGUAUGUUAAAUGCAUCGUUUGUUAUCUAUAUAUUUUGUAUACCAUUUCCUACAACAUUAAAAUAUAUAUACAAACAUACAUAGGUUUAGUGGGUAUCUACUUAGUUUCUAGAGUGAGUUUUAUUGUUUCAAUUCUUGUAGUGCGAAAACCGAAAAAAAAUGAGGGUUUAAAUUCACGGACUUUUUAUAGCCUAUAGCCUUGACUGAUUAUACAUUAUAAUAUAAAGUAUACUUAUCGUAUGUACAUAAUUUAAAAGUCUUUACUCUUUUAUCGCGCACAAAACCUUGUGUUCACUUUUGCGGGUCGUUUACUCGUUUAUAUUAUAAUAACUAUAAUAUACGUUAUAGAUAAUUAUUAACUAUAAUACAAUAUUUCGAAGUUAGGAUUAGGUGUUUUUUUCGCCUAAAUUAUCGAAGUUAUCAAAUGUCUCAAAUAAAGGUGAUAAAAUUCGAGAUGUUUACGUACUGUAAAUAAUUAGCUUUUUUCUGCAAUUUUCGGUCAACGUAUUACUAUACAUAAUAUUUUAAUGCCCUGUCCAAAUUUGUAUUUAUUCUUCAUUGCUGUAGCAAAUGAUUUGCAUUUAAAUAUAAAGUUCCCGUGUUGGAAUUUUUUCAAAUUCAAUUUUGUGUUCAGUAUGCAAAAGGUAAAGGUGUUCAAUUUAAAUAUAACGCGAUUUUCAUAAUCGAACGAUCGACCUCUUGUAAAAUGAGAGACUUUAAUAGUGGUGAACGUCGUUACUCAUCGUUGUCAUAAUGUCUACUAACAACCGUUCGCAUAUUAAAACCACUGAUAAUAAUAAUUCGCAUAUUUUAAUAUUGAUUAUUUCAACGAAGACAUAUUAUUAUUAUUAUAUUCUUGAUUAUAACGAACAAUUAUACCUCUGUGAUGUAAUUUUCCAAAUGCUAAGUCACCGUAUUGAUUGGGUUUUAAUAAUCGAGCAUAUAUACGGAUAAUAUCAUUUUAGAAAGCAGUCAAUACGUCAAAUUUAAUAUUUUAAUUGUUUUAUUUCUGAAACAAAUCGGAACAUUUUAUUUUAGAAAACCAUGUUUUUGAAUGUUGAUUUUAGAAAAGUUAUAUUAUAUUAUUAUGUUUUAAAACAUAAAUGUUUAAGAAAAUCCGCGUUUCAAAAAAAAAAAAAAUAUUAUCACCGUGUCUAUACAUUUUUAAACAUAUAUUUUUAGUAAUAUUGUAGGUAUAUUUUUAAAAUAAAGCUGGUACUACUGAUGAGUGUGCCACUUUUUAAGAAGGACAUUACAGGCAGAGAGGAUAUAUAGUGAGUUGUUUAAUUUAUAUCUGAACGCAACGAUAAACCAUUGCUAAUAAAAACUAUUUCUGAGCAGAGUAUUUUUAGUCGUAUGCUUGCUAGGUAACUCAGAAAUCAAUAAAAGUUGUACAAACAAGUGCUAGUAUUUCUAAUUUAUUAAAAAAACUCGAUAGAACAUAAAAAAAUUUCAUCAUUAAUGCACCGACUAGAUUAAAAACUCUACAUGAAAGUUCCUAUAAAGUUUUUGAUAGGAUCGAGAUUUCUGAUAGAUAAAUUGUUAAUAUUGACACGAAAACAAAACACAUCAUAGUAAACCAAUAUAUUCUUUGCUUUCAUCGGAAUUUAAAAAUAUUUUUUUUAAAAGCUCAGCUUUCAAAAAAAAAAAAAUUCGAAAAGUUUGGUGAUGUUACACGCAGUAUGGCAUAUCGCGGAAAAUGUUUUUCUUUUAUUUAAUGCCAUUCAAUAUAAUAAUAAUAGGCACCUAUAUUUUGAAUUUAUAUUUUUGCCCCUCCCUCCCCUUACACACACACAUGAACGGCCGGCGGCGGAAGAGAGUGCAGCGUUAUUUCGCAGCUGCUCUGCGCGCUGCACAUUGUAUACAUAUAAAUAAUAUUAUACGAAGCCAUUGUCCGCACACAGGUACUAUUCGUACAUACUUCUAUAUGUAUGGUACUGUAGGGCUUUUUGAACAAUAUAAAUAAAUAUAGUAAGAGAGCGAGAGACCUUUUUUAAAAAAAAAGCAGAUAGGUAAGGUUUCCCCCCCGUGGUAUAGCACGCGCGCUAUUAUACAGCAAUGUGUGUGCGCGCUCCCCCUGCAAUCACCCGCCAUACUGCGGUACUUUUCACUAUAACUACUGGUGGUGGCGGUGUGUUUUGAUUUAGUAAAUAGCUUCUGGAUUUACGCAUAAAAAAAAAUCGCACUGGAGGGGGUGGGCAUCAUAUACAUCUGCCUCGAGAGCCUGGUUUCUAUUAACUAUACACCGCGGAUUUCUAUUUAUUAUACCAAAAUAUUAUAAUGAACAUAUAACAUAUAUAGGUAACCUAUGCAUUUCAUUACGACUUACAAUAAGUCGAACAAUUCAAUUAGAAUACGGUUCGUCACCCCACCCUCCACCCCUUGCGUGAAUUGCGUUGUGUUCAAACCCAAACAAAUUUGGCAUUCGAUUUGUACGAGUAAAUUAUUGAUUGUCAGAUAUAUAGGUAUAAUGUACUCUCAAUCGGAGUUGCCAGUGUCAAAAGAAACAAUAUUAAUUUUAAUAUUGACUUUUUUGUUUUGUUUCUCUUAACCUUUCUUUUUCAUUCAUAUUGCUAAAGUAAUUCACAAAUCAAAAAAAAAAAAAAUAAUUAGAUCUUAAUAAUCAAACAAACUUUCGCAUUUGUAAUGUUAUGAUAUUUUAGUGACUGACCUGCUAUAUGACUAAAAUGACGCAUAUUGUACUCUUACUUCCUAUGGUAAAAAAAUAUCCCCCUUCCUACUUACAUGGAUAUAUCUAUACCAAAAAAUAUUUUUCUUUAUUUUCUCCGCCCUAUAAUUUCUGUUUCCACUAAAAAUUACCACUUAAAAUCAUUUAAAUUUUGUCACGAUAGCCAUUUUCCCCUCGCCUCUAAAUGAAUCUUUGGCUUUAUACUUAUUAUAAUAGUCUAGCCGGGACGGUUAAAUAAAUCGAUUUUGUACUUUAUCCACGUUUGUCCCGUGAUUUUAUAAUUUUAAUUUUGUAAAGAACUCAUUCUAGUUACCUUACUUCCGAUUUAAUGUGCUCAUCAAUCCCUUUUUCAGCCCCCUGACAAGUUUUUUGAUAACUGUUCCAUUUUCAUGAAAAAAAAAAAUAUAUAUAUAUAUUUAUGCCCACUAGUUUGAAGACGAGAAAUUCGAUUAUGGUUGUAUGAAUGUUCUAAUAUUAUUGUACGAGUAUCUACUUACAUAUAUAGUUCAAUCUUUCAACAGUUGUUAUUGACAACUAGGCAUUAUUAUAUUUCAAUUAUUCGUAUAUAGUUUAUAUAACAAAACUGUUUAAUAUUUUCAUGCGGGCCAAUCUGAUGGAAAUCACUGAAAACAGAAAAUACCCGAGCAAUUAAAUAUUUGGCAACGAUAGUAUAGAAUUAAAUUGGUAGAAUUGUACGAUUUUGUUUUUAUACUUAACUGGCUGAUGGUCACGUGCAGUGCAGUAGGUACUACUUGUCUAUUGUUAAACGAUUAAAUGUGCGCUGCAGCGUUGUACGUUUCAUGGUAAAUAUAACGUUUCCAUCCAUCAAAAUAUAUCGAAAUUAUUUUUGGCCGCUUGUAUACGGGCAAAAACGACAAUAUAAAGGAGACAAACGAUAAUAUUUCAAAAACGAUCUCAUUACGUGGUGCGGACGGUUCUCUGUGUAGUUUUUUACGCAACAAGGUUAGGAAUUAUACGAAUGUAUUUUUGUCUUAUUUCGAGUAAGUAGUUAAUUUGUUUUGAAAAAUGUUCAAGUAUAGUAUAUUUAAUAUAUUAAACAAAAAGUACUAAAAUUGACGUAUUAUUAAUAUUGACUUAUCAAUUAAGUCGAUUGUCGAUUAUGUCGAUUGGCAAGUAUAUUUUUACUGCAUAUACAUACCGCAUACUUUGCUGGGUUUUUUUUUAUUGCAAAUGCGUAAUGCACAUUUUUCGUAUAUUGAUUUUGAGCCCAUCUGCAUGUUCCAAGUUGUUUUAACUAUGACUUAACGCACGUUAAUCUCUCUGUUGCUCUCUCGUCUAAUAUAUAGUAUAAUGAUAUUGUAAUUUAUAUAAUAAUAAUUACCAAUGUAAAAAUCUAGCAUAUUGUGGAAUACUUUCUGCAUCUGUCGCCAAUUAUACGUAUAUAUAUAUAUAUAUGCACUAUUAAAACCGUAAUAAAAUAAAGAAGAGAGAGGAAGAGAAAAAAAACCGAACGAUCCACCUGUAAUAAUUUGUAACACAUCGUGUACAAAUAGGUUUAUUAUUCAUUAGGGCCGUCGCCGUCGAACAGACAAAUGAUGACUUUUUUAUAUAUAUAUAAUAUAGACGGUGCGGUUAUAUUGUUGCCAAGGGUAAUUUCCUCGGCCUUGGACAGAUAAUACGCGUUUGAUAAGACACGUGCUGGUUGUUGAACCUUGCAGUAUAGGUUAAACAUAGCCUUGGUACUGUUAUUGCGCAUAUACGUACACACCUCCUAUUUUACUAUAGCGAAUGCACGUGGUCGAACUCAAAAAGAAAUUUGUUGUCUAUAUAGUAUCGUACAGAUGUGUUGGCGGCGAUGACCUCCAUUUUAAAAAGCCAACACUCAAUUACUACUACUACUACUGCUACUACUACUAUUACUACUACUACUACUACUACUAUUACUACUACUACUACUACAACUACUACAACUACUAUUACUACUUACUACACUUACUAUACUCACUACUUCUACUAUAAUAGACACUAACGGUAGCAGCUGUACUACGGCAGACGGCGCGAGGACUGUGCGGAGGAGAAUGCGGGAUGUUUUAAUGUCUUGUUGAUUUUUUUUUUUUUAAUUCCGUCGUAUAAACUAUAGAGGAUGUAUUUAUGAAAAAAAAAAAACAAAACAAAACAAAAGGACAAGGUGCGUUUUGAUCGAGAUGGAAAGCCUAACUGUGCGACGGUGGUAUGAUUAUUAUUAUUAUUUAUUCUCUACAGAAUUUCGUCUGAUUCGAUUGUUGUGUGCAGCGACUACGGGAACCCCUUGACUGGAUACAAAAAACUUCCUAAAUAAACUUAACCCAUUUUUGUACCUAGGUAUAUAGAGUUCAAACACCUUUCGGUUGACGUAUACGCGCAGUUAAAAAAAAACGCGUGUUUUGUACGAAAUUUAUCGCGCGACAAUAACCCAUUGUCGCCGCUUCCUAUAUGUUGUAUACGAAUAUACGAUAAAGUUCUCUAUGAUAUUAAUAUUGUGCAAUUACGAAAAUAAUGAAAUCGAGUCAAACUCAGUGUUGUUCGUAUUUUAAAUUUCCAAAAUAAAAAAAAAAGUUUUUAAGUACUUAUCCCAUGUCUCAAUAUAUAUCCUGUAUGUUAGCCCAGAAAUUCGCGAUUUGAUCGAAAAUAUAAAAUAAAAUAAAUAAUGUAUCGAAUUGACUCUAGAUAUUUUCUACGAACAAAAAUUAUUUAUUUUAGAAAUUGGGGUAAAAUAUAUGUAUAUAUUUUUAGCUAUGCUUUUCAAUUUGGACGUGAUUUGUAACGCAUGUCGAUAUAUGUUUUUACUAUUAAACAGAUCUAUACACAAUAAUUGUCGUCAGUCUGAUAUAAAAAAAAUCCCUGUCUCAUCGUCGACAGUUGUUGCAGUCCGAUCGCUGUAACGGGAUUCUAUUCAUCAUUAUAUAGUUCGCGUCUGUGAAAAGGACAAGGAAACGAUUAAACCGAUCGCGUAACCGUAAAAAAUCUCUAUACGCGGUGGCGGAUAUUUCAAUUUUUUUUUUUUUAUCUAUUUACCCUCAAUAUGCGAUUAUUAUAUAUUAGUAUAUAAUAUGAUAAUAGUCGAGUUUUAUCGUUUAAUAAAUCGACGAUCUGUAUCGGAUAGUCACCACGUGUUCCCGUACCAGGUGUAUGACAGAGAGAAAUUACCGCGCAGCGUCGUCGUAUAGGUGUACCUCCAAUAGCGCUGCUGACGCUGCUGAGGGAACAAAUCCAAACGUUGCAGCUGCCCUCCGACCAGGGGCAGCUGUAAUAAUGCGCCUGACUUUUUCUUUCUUUUUUUUUUUUUUUUAAUAUUACUCGUACAAAUAAAUACAAUAUAUUUAUUUUAUAUAUAUUUAUAUAUAUAUAUAUAUAUGUAUACAUUGUCGUAAAUGUGUUUCCAACCAUUAUUUCAUCAGGAUUAAAACUCGCGUUGCAUAGUUAUAUGUGUAGGUAGCCACCCAAAUAAUAAGUUUUCCUAGCCGAAAUCGAUAACGCUUCAUUAAAUGACGAUAAUAAAUAAUAAUUAACGAUUCGCAUCGGCAAACAGGAUAUAAUUAUGCCCUUAAUAUGCACGUGUACGGAGCGUCAAAUUAUUCCGGAUGAUUUUUGUUUUUUUGGCCAAAAAUAAAAAUAUCGUUUUCGCAUGCAUCAUCGAUAUUAUAUCCGUGUGUCAUGUAAACUGCGUUGCUUAGAAAGAGAGAGGUAUCGAGAGAUUUCUUGUCGCGUCAUUGUUAAACAGGGAGAAAGAUAGGUUUACUUUGAUUCUAUUAGAUAAUAAAUUAUUAAAUUGAAAAAAAUAACUGCAGCAAAGGUGCUUGGAAAAAGAUUCGGCGUAUUAAUUGAUUUGUUUUUUUGUUUGUGGGUGGUGUAAACGCAGUCCAUAUCUUUUUAAUAUUUCGCGUCUAUAUUACACGCGUGGAUAUCGUCAAGGUGAUGAUGGUGUGGUAUACCGGGUGUAUGCAGUAUUUUAGGCGUGACAAAAAAAAAAAAUCUCUUACGUGUACGUAAUAAUAAUAUGUCAGGCUGGUAGCAAAGAAAAGAGAAAAAACGUCUCAAAGAACACAAUGGGUUUAUGCGCCAUAAUACGCCUCUACAUCUGUCUCGAGGGAGGAAAUCUGUGUUAAAUAUCCGCGUGGCACGCGACCGUUUGCCUUUCGGACUAGAAAAAAAAAAACUAUUUCGUACUCGUAUUGUGUCGGCUAAAAAUGGGCUUAACGACUCGGUCGGGCUGGGAGCACAAUGGGUGAAGGGCGUUUUUGGAAAAUAUAAUAAUAAUAAUGAAAUACUACAGUUAUACACUACGAAACUCGCGUGUUUAAAACAGCCGACGAACCGUCAGACGGACCAAGCUGCAGCAGCGACAAUAGUGUAAAAAAUAUGUCGUUAAACACAUAAGACAUAUAACAAUAAUAAUGUACAAAAAUGAAAAAGGUCGUACAAAAAAGGUUGAUACUGCUGAUGGGCGUGCCAUUGCUUUAUUAUCGCAUGGUAGUUAGAAGAGAGGAUAUAAAAAGUAAUUUAGUUUAUAUCUGUACACAACGUAAAUCACUGCUAACAAAAAACCAUUCUGAGCAGAGUAUUGUUUUGUUAUAUUUUUUCCCUUGUUGCUAAGUUAACAUAGAAAUCCACAAAAAUUGUGUAAUAAAUUUCAAUUUUUUCCCAUUUGUCAAGAAAACUUCAAGGAAAAUAAAAAAUUUGAACUCAAUGCAAUAACGAGAUAAAAAAAAAAAUGCUACAAGACAAUUUUUUUGAAAGUUAUUGGUUGGAGCAAGAUUUCUGGUAAAAAUGUUAUUAACAGACACACUAAAAACACAUUGUGAUAAAACCUAUGUACAUAGGUUUACUCAGGAUUUAAAACAAAUCACCUUCGGGCCUUUGUGUAUACGAAUCGAGUACCUAUAAACGCAUAUUAUAUUUUGUAAUCGAUUUCAAAAAUGCUUGCAAAUCCUUCAUUUUUUUUUUUUGAAAUUUUUAUCAACAUUUAAACUAAAGUUAAUAAUAUAAUUAAAUUGAUAUGAAAGUUUUGGGGUUCACGGGCAGACUAACGAUAAUAAUUGAUUAGUUAUACUGUCUCAAAAUCUUGAUUUUCAUUACGUAUUCGAUUUUUGGAAAAAUCGUGCAAAUCGUAGUUUUAAUAAAGUAUUAUGCUAAAUUAUUUUGAUUUUAAACGUCGCGCGUCAUGAAUAUUAACAUUUUUAAAUGAUUCGCGCAACUAACUUGCGUCUUAUUUAUAUUUAUAGUAUUUAUAAGUACUAGACAAUAUUAUUUUAAAUGAUAUCUCGUACAUGCGUUGGCAAAUUUCUUAAUGUUUAUACACAUAUAUUUUUUUUUAAUGUUGAAGGUUUUCAUAUUAUUAAGUUUUUAACAAGUUUUCCCGAGGUUUUUUUUUCAUUGAGGUACAGCUCUCGGCUCCCUCAUCAAAUCCGGCUUUAAUGGCAAUCGUCCUAAUAUAUAAGGUACUUCUUUUAUGUACCUACUGUAAAAAUAUUAUAAUAUGAGUACUAGAAAUAAAACACUGGCAUUCAAUUUUUACUGGUUAUUCCAUGAAAAUAUUGGUGUUUAUAAUAACUAUAUUCGAAAACCCGCGGAUAAUAACGUAGUUCGUAUUGAAAAUGGUGAGGACUAUUAUUUAAAUAACUCGUUUGAAAAGUGAAAACGGCCAGGUGAACUGUAUAGUGUAUAUGCGGUGGAUGCAAAGCAGGUAUAAUAUUUUUAUUAUUAAACUUAGUUAACUUGGUCAAUAACAAAACUGGUUCACUUUUGUUUAAUAGUUUUUCUUGAUUAAAGCUAUUUUUUUUGUAUUUAUAACGGACGCGUUUAUAAAUAAAUACUGCUGUAAAUAACAAUAUAUCAUAUUAUGAUCACAACGAUGUUGACAAACCGACCACUAUAAAAUAUGCCCUAGGGACGUCAUUUAGGGAGUAAAGCAGGGUGUGCACUCGCACACCCUUGCAAUUUGCAUCCAUAAUUGGCCUAGGUGUUAAUCGAUCUUUGGCCGUGGCAUUCACGCUUGAACAUUAAUUUUUGUCUUUUGUUUUAAAUUUCCUGGGGAGUAAAUAAUUGGCCUUGUAAAAUAUCUGCAACCCUUUACAUGAAAUUGAAAUAGUGCCCUUGAUAUUAUCGUCGUCGUAACAGAUUUAAAACGCGAGGCGCAGCCUGUCAGAGAAUAUUGUAUUCUAGCCAAACUUAGAACUUUGAUCGAUAUAAUUACCUCUUUAAUUUGGCGGCAAAAAUGGAGGUCCGUCCGAACUUGCUUUCGCAAGUAUCCAAACAUGGGGAAUUCGGUAAAAAAAAUGUAUAAUGAUAUAUACGAGUAUAUACUUUGACAUAGGUACCUACUAAAAUGUAACGUCACCAUCUACGUCAAUACACACUUACACACACACAUCUCGGUCUCGGUGCGCGCCUUUUUGAAGGCCUCCCAGAGAUGCUCCUACACAUUAUCGGUGUAAGUAUAAGAGAUAUGUUAAUGUCAAUAUAUAUACGCGUAUAUAAGGUACCUAAGGUACAUCGAAAUGACGACAACAUUACGGAAUAUUUUAUCGACAUCGAUCGGAGGCAACGACCUCGUAACAUUGAGCGUCCGAGUGUGUGUACUUAUUAUAAUUGCGUAUUAUAAAUAGUAUAAUACGUACUUACAAUACUUAAACAUAUUAUAAUAUGUAUACAUAUAGUAAUAUUGUACCUGUACUGCAAUAUUACAUUUGCGUUGUAUGGGUUUUAUGUAUGGGUAGUAAUAAAAUUAUUACGUGUUUCCUAUGUAUAUACGAUACGUGUGUCCGUUUCCGAGUUAAAAGUCUCGUGUCCCGCUAAUACUUAUCAUUCCACCGCUCCUACUGCACUUCCGGGUGUGUAUGAAAAUUUAACUAUUUAAGUUUCGAACAGUGACGGAUUUAGAGGGGGGACGAGAGUAACCCCCCUUUGGCCUAGCGCCUAGGUUAAUAAAUUAAUGACGUGCAAUUUAUAAGUACUCGUAUAAUAAAAUUGAUGAUUCAUUUAUUGUUCGGUGCUGACAAUUAUAUAAUAUAAUAGAAUGGUUUUUUUUAUAAACGUAUUUAUUUAAUAUUAUUUUGAAGACUUUGCCCUCCCCCCUCUCAUAACAAAAAUUCUAGAUUUGAUUUAGCCCCCUCCCCGUGAAAAAAAAAACAAAAAGUAUGUACACUGUAAUUAACCAAAAACAAACAUUUUUUUCAAUCUUAAAUGGGUACCAAUGAAAAACUAUUAGUACCUGAAAUAAGUAUAAUACAUUUUUCGGGAAAAUGCUAAAAUAUCGCGUUCCCAUGUUUCCGAUUUAAACAUGAUUAUCAUAUUCGUACUUCUUAUCCCCCCGCGUCUUAAUCUUUUAUCGAGUUUGGGAAUCUUGUAAAAUUCCGGUAUUGAAUAAUUUUUGAAGAAAAAAAAUUGUUUAUUUUACCCUCAGCCCUUCCUUUUAUAAUAUGCGUUAAAUUAUACACCAGUUUUAUAUUUUUUUUUUUGUUUGAGAAGUGUUUUUUAAACUGAUUACUUUAUCCGGGUGUUUACGCGGGGCGUACCCCGGAUUUUUUUUAUAACUCUUCCCCGACCGCGACGCCUUGUUUUUUUUUUUUUUUAUCGAUCGUUAAAUUACGUUCCGAGUGUUUAAAUAUUAUAUUUAUUGUUGUUAACAACUCCCGAGCCGCGUUAGACGAUAAAACUAUAAAAAAAAAAAACCAAAUAAAACAAAUAAUGAUACAAUAUUAUAUCAUACCCUUUUCUGGCGUGAUUAUUAGGGUCGCGCUGCAAUCACCGGUAUAUAAGUAACUUACCUACGUAUAGACGAAGGAAGAAGACAAAAAAAAAUAUAUAAAAUUAUUAUUAUGGCGUUUUUAUUGGACGCAAAUAACAAGCGCGGAAAGGCGGUAAAAUUAUCACACGUUAUUUUCAACACCUCGUUAUAUUAUUACGGGCUCGCCGUUAAAAUAUUUAAUACGUCUCAUUUAAUCCUACGACGGUGGCGUUUAAGGGUGGUUCGUAUAUUAUUACUACAUGUUUAUUGCAGCUUAUAACGCGGUUGCUGUUACCGCGGUAACCCCGGCGCAGACACGACCGCUAUACCGCUAAAUUGUGACACGCAGUAUCACGGCGAUUGUGACGGGUUCCAUAGGUCAUGGGUCAAGUCUGUAGGGGUCAACACGACGAUAGUUACUAUAAUACUGUGAAAUUUGCUGCCGCGAUAGUAGGAAGACUGUUAUCGCAAUAAUUUACUAUCGCUGUCGUCACAAUCAUAAUAGUGUUCGCAUUACGAUUCUAAACGGAAAUAGCACGCGUGAUACGGUAUAACAACAUUAUUAUUAAAAAUGUUAUCAUCAAAUUAAUUACGUUGAUUUGGCCAUUUUUCCCGUAAAUGAUGUCAAAUAGUGCGAACACAAUUUAAAUUGAACACUUGAAAGGUAAUCAAACGGUUUGGCGCUCAAUUUCCGUUAUGGCGAUACUGAAAAGUAUAAACGGCACUGUCCACAUCACGAUAGUACUUGUGUGAUAUAAUUAUCGCGAAUCGUGGUAAUAUAGCUAAAGUUGCCGCGCAUGUAUGAUAGUAUCUAUAGCGGCAUAUUCGGGAUAAUUUUCUAGGGGAGACAUAAUACAAAAAUCUCUCACUAUGACACUAUAAGGAAAUUCAAAUGCAAUAGUUUUUUUUUUUUAUUUGAUUAGGGUUUUUAGAUACUGGUUCAAACUUGUUCAGUUAUAAUCCAAAAAACAUUUAACACAAUACAAAGUACCUUAUUAAUUACAGUUUCAUUAAACACAGCAUAGUGUACUAUACUCGCACAAUAUAACGGUUGUAAUUACAGCAACUAUCAAGUUUACUUGUCAUCGUGAGAUUGUUACUUAAGCCUGAUAAACACGAUGAAAGUUAUAACCGUCACAAAAGACAGUGUCCAAGAUUAUGAUAAUUGUCUAUUAUUGUAGAAAACAUGAUAGUAUCCAUAAAUAGAGUGAGUAAAUAAUGCCAAUAGAAUGUUUGUGAAUUUAAGAUGUUUGAACAUGUUUGUGAAUGUGUCCCUCCACGACACGUCAAUACAAUUUAGAACGACAAUAUCCCGGGACAGUUACUAAUAGGUAAAGUGUGAUAACAAAUUUCACGAUAGUAUAAAAUGAUAAAGUUAUUAUAUGGACCACGACGACGAUGGCAAGUUUAGUUGUUAUAUAUUAGUAAUGAAUUGACUGAGUCAAUGCGAUGUGGACUUUAAGUGCACGUCCGGUCGAUAAGAUUCAAAAAAAUAAACCAUUAUUAUACAUAAGUUAAUAAAAAAUCUGAACAAAUAAAUGAGAAAUUAAAAAUAUACGUUUCUACAAUUAUUAUGUUUUAUAAAUAUUAUACUUUUUUUUUAUAGUAAUUUUGGAUUUAAAUGACUGAAUAAAAACAAAAACUAAAAUAAACUAAACUCUUAAUAAAUAGACGUACGAGCUAAUAAGCUUUGAAUAAUUGUAUAACGUUUGUUGUCGGCAUUAUAUGAAGUAGUACGUGGACAAAUUUUUUUUUUUUUUUGUAGUUGUAUUAUCUCGUUAUCGUUACAUAAUGCGUUAUUUUAAUAUGAUCAUCGACAAGUAUCAAACAGAUUUAAUUCUCGUUAACGAUAUAUUCGUUUUCAAAUAAUUUAGAUUAAUCUUUACGUCGAUACUAAUUAUUAUAAUACAAUACCUACCGAAAGUAUUAUACGAUCUUUUUAAUUUGCUUAGUUUUUUUUUUUUUUUUUAUACAAUAUUGGAAUACAGUUUAUAUUUCCUAGGUAGAAUCGCGUAGAAAACGUAAAAGAGUUGGACAUGUUCAUAAAAUAUAAUUAGAAGAAUAUAACUAAAAUUAUUUUCAAUGCUAUAGAAAAAACAAACUGUAUUAUAAUUAUCAUAUAUAAACGAAUAUCUAAGACAAGUUUUGUUUUUAUAUAUUAUGUAUGUUUACACCCCUAUUGUUGAUUUUUUUUUUACGUAGGCACCUAAGUAUUUUGCCGUCGUAUAAAACAAACGACGAGUAUAUAAUAAAUUUCCCGUGCUGUGAAACGAAUGUCGUUUCAUAUACGAACGGUCUCGAAAUGAUUAAUUUAAGUAUUUCGGGGUAAAGAACGAAAAAAAUAAACUAAAAACCGUGUUGCUUAUACAUAAAAAUAAAUUUAAAAAAAAUGUUUUCAUACGGCAAGAGCAGCUGUUGUCCCGCGUAAUCUUUUCGAAUACCGUAUAUACGUAGUUAGCGGUUAGCUGGUUACUUUCCUACCUACCCGGAAGGGUUGAUGGGUAUAUAUACAGUUUUCUUUUGCGGGUAAACAAUAGGCCUAUAAAAACCCUCGACAUUAUCAUUUUCACCGAUGUCCUGCUGUUCUCGGGGCAAAUAAACUCUGUAGGCAUGCAUAUAAUAUGCCGGUGAAUUACAAUAUCAAAAAAAAAAAAAAAAAAGAUCUCUUACCGUUUUUUAAUUGUAACGAAUGGCCAAUAACGGUCUCCGGGGUCUUCCCCGCAAUUCGUCAUAAUAACCGCGACCCAAGAAUUUAUAAUAUAGAGACCGGGCGGCUCUGUUGUGUUAUUAUUGUCCUGCUCGGGAUUAGCAUAAUGUUCCUUAGCGCGUCCUACACCUGAGCCCUCCCCGAGCAUUGUGUGUCCUGGAACGAGAACCCCUUGCCGUCACCGUCGGCUGCAAAAGAGCUCCUCUCGCCCCUACUCGUACACCUCUUCUCCAGCUGCGAAGACAACAAAAACUGAAAAUCCCAUUUUCUUUAGUAGCAGAGCACCGCAUGCAAAUUAAGUCCGUUAAACCCUAUUCGUCAACGGCAGCGGCGACAACAGAAAUCCGUUCAAGGCGGAAAGGUCCGCGACCUUUGGAGGGGCCAAUCGUUUGUCAAAUCAGUCUUGACACGCACUGUUUCCUGCGUCCCAAACAUGACUUGCUGGGACGGGCUGCAAACGGGUCGGGCCGGUCUUGAUCGGUUAUCCGUGCGGGACACUGAUCUCGCCUCGUGAUGUUACACGCAGAUUAAAAUAUUAAUAUGAUGAUUGAUUGUCGUCGAUUUGUUUACGGCCGUUGGACGCUCUAGUGCCUCGGGAUUCCCAUGGAAAAUUACGGUAAUGACCAUUAUAAUGCAGAAGAGGUCGAAAUAUACGUUUGUGAUCUGGCGCGAAACGGGAUUUCUGGAGGCCACGGCGGAGUGGCGGUUAUACGUAAUAAAGGGACAGUACAGUAAACUCUCUCGGGUCGAUUUUUGGUUUAAAAAAGGUCACAUUUAAUAUGUAAACUUUCCCAGAUUUAGCCGACGUGCAUAUGUAAUCUCUCCCGAAUCACCAUAUUCUGUUUACACGAAGUAAAUACAUACUAUAUUAUGUAAAUUAUCCCUGAUCAUUUUGAACACGUCAUAUUCUGACGUGGAUUCAUUGGACUACACUGAGACCAAUUUCGUAAUGGUCAUUGUACCUAUACAUUUCUGUAUCCAACAUUAUAUCAUAUUCAAACACAGACUAUUGAGGAUGAAAACUUCGUAUUAGAGGACUAUACGCGUUUGAGAAAAUCCAACAUUUCGAAUACCUAGGGCCAAUAACAAUCGCCGGGAAUAACUAUUGGAACAUCGAAAUAUUAUAUACCUAGUCAUUCGCAAUCGCAUCCAUAAAACAACAAAAAAACAUAGUUUGUACUAAUUAAAUAUUUUAAUCAAAAUUUUCAAGGAAUAAAUGUACGUCUAUAUAAUAUCAUUAUAGUAAGACCUACAUUAAGUUAUACGGGUGCGAAGUACGGCCGUUAACAGUAUGUAUUGGAAGAAAGCUAAUAAACGAGAAAGUAACGAGCAAAAUUAAAGCUGCUAUCGAAUGGAAGUCAGCGAAGAAAAGGCAGGAAAAGCGGUAUACGGACGGAAUACAGCAACAUUUAGAAAAGGGUCGGAAGUGACUGCAGAAUACCGUAGGAAAAAAUCCUGGCCAGUUGGAGGACCGGAGACAGUAGCGGCUGAUAAAACUCCAACAUAGUUGCGAGGCCGAUGAUGAUCAUAAAACCUGCGGGUUCCAACAUCAGCUGCCCAGACUAAUUUCUUUUCCGUACGUCUUCCUUCCCCGUAUCUUCCCAUCUUAGCCUCGGCUCUUUUCCCGUGCGGUGCAUACUAUAGCACCGGUCUCUACACCGAUCCUUCAAUAUACGCCGCAUACAUGUUCCGUCCACUCGAGUCGCUUCUUGGCGGAAUAUCAUCCGCAACAUUCGGUCUACAUUCGCAGGAUUACCAUAACAAAAUAAUUAAUAAACGGUCGAGUUUUUGUACCCUCGGCGAUGUAUUAAGUACGCGAGACAAAUCUUUCGUUGAGUAUUACACAAACGAGUUCGAAAUAAAUACGUUAAACGCCUUCGCCCCCGCGGUCAAAACGCGUGUUCGAUGUGUGGUAUACAUUAUACUUGUACGUUACACAUAUUUUAUGUUAAUCGGCGGUUUCUCGCGGACAAUGCGAACUCGCUGUCGACAAUAUAACGAGACUCGUCAUACCUACGAUUCCCGUCGGUUUGUAAACGUAUAUAUUAUUGUAAUUUUCCGCAACUUGUGUACGAUUGCUGCUGCUGCUGCUGCUGCUCGUAUACAGAUGUACGUACAUGUGUCUUUCGGGGGACGUAAUAACGUGUAUCUCGCCGGUGUGUACAAUAUUAUAAUGAUGAUAACGAAAAAAAAAAACGCCUAUUAGUAUGGACCCUGAAGACAAAAAGACCGCGGACGUCGUAAAAAUAAAUCGGUUAAAAAAUUCGCGCAACAAUUGGAUUGUUGUGAAGAGAGAGAGAGAGAGAGAGAGAGAAAAACACGAUGCGUACUGUACGCAUAUACGAGUAUGUAGUAUAAAUGAGGCGGCGGCGGGAAUCGGGGAAAAAAAAUAACCGUUGUAACAAUAUACGAGCGUAAAAAGAAUAAUAAUAAUAAAAAAAAAAAAAAGAAAUAGUAUAACAAUAAUAAUUAUUGAACACGAACGGCGAGAGAAUAGGGGGCUGAGUGGUCCAGACGGUAUUUGGUACAGUCGUCUACAAAUAUAAAGUGUGUACUCCGUAUAGUCUGUACAGUAUAAUAGUGUUAUGCAAAAUACCACCCCCUCGGCGGCGGCGGCUGAGAAAAAAAAAAAAGUCUCAGACUAUAUUCAUCCUCCGCGACGCGACCGACCACCCUUCGCGUCUAUGGUCGACGUAUUUUAUUGACCGGAGGUCAUAUCUCGGUGGCAACGCGAAACGCUAUACAAUACGAAUAAUAUCGCUAUGUAUAACAAUAUAGCGGAUAUUAUAAUAUUUGUUAUAUAUAUUAUACUCGUGUGUGUGUGUGUGUAUAUAUAUACAUGCAUAGGAGAAGACCGGGAAGACGGGAAGAAGAAAUAGUAUACGGUAAUAACCGGUCCGGAGGCGACGAGACGCGAAGGACCCUCGUCGUUUUCUGCUACUCCUCGCCGUGUCGUGUACCCAGACCCCCUCGCGGGCGCGCGCGCGCGCGCGCGAGCGCGGUCCUCUCCCGGGUCUCCGGCGGCGGCGGCGGUGGCGGCCAGACGUCUGGGACGAUGAUUACGAUUACGCUAUUAUACCGCGGGAUUCGCAUCACGGCGCGCGGCGGCUGUACCGUCACCACCGCCACCGCCGCGCCGCCGUCGCCGUCACCGUCGACGCGUCAGACGUGACGGCGGCAGCUGCGCGCCCGUCUAUUGUUCUCCGCGGGUUCGCGCGCCAUCGCUAUUCUAGACGAUCCCUUUCCCAUCACCUGGCCGCGUGCUCGCGGUACUAUACUACUACGACUCGUACUACUACGAUUCGUACUACUACUACUACUACUACUACUACUACUACUACUACUACUACUACCGGUACUGUUACGGCUGCGUGUCCCUCGCGCGGUAUAAACCAGACGAGAGGAGAACGCCGUCGUCGCCGCCUGUAUUGUAUCCAGCGGCCGAAUAAAAAUCGCCGGGAGAAUUUCAUUGAUCCCCCGUCAGCCUGGAACACAGCGUGUAAAAUACGCGAAAAUAAAAACAAUUUCGAAAUUCUAUCCGAGUCGAGAAGUCGCGUCUGUGUUGAAUAAUAUAAUAAUUUGGUUCGACGAUUGUGAUAACGGAGGAAUUGUGAGCGCACGUAUAUAGAAUCGGAUGAAAUUAUAUUAUAUUUUGAGGUAGUUUUAAAAGAUAGCAGCUAUAGGUCUUCGCGGUUUACCGAUUAUUGAAACUGACCACUGCGACUAAUAAUUAGAAAAUUAUACGCAUUACCCGUGGAAUUAGGUCAAAAGUUUACUAUCGUCAAUAACUUUAAUAUAAUAUAUACUCAAUCGGUUGGUUUAAAUUUCGAAUAACUGUGUUGUGUUUCUUGCAAAAUCUAGAUUUCAAACGUGUUUACAAUAUUGACGAACUUUACGGUUAUUUUUGUUUUGUAUUUUAAUUUUAAUAUUAUUUAUAAAAAAAAAAUCAGAAGAAAUCAGUAUCACUUAGUUAUCUAUAUGCUUGCAUUCAAUUUAAAAAAAUGAUCUGAUAAAAAUAAAAAGAUUCAUUAUUUCUAUACAUCACGCUCGACUACUUGUUUGAACACUAAGCGUAACUUUUGAUGAAAAUCGUUUUCAAGCAUUUUUGUUCGGCCAGAACAAUUUUGUCCACGCAUAAGAUUAUGAAAAAACAAAAAAAAAAAAACCUCAAAUAUCUAUAAAUAUAUGAGAUUUCGCCAGACGUUUCAAAAGCAAGUACAAGUAUUCUGUGAAAAUUAUAGGGUUCUACGAUUAUUUUUGACCUGGUAAUAACAAAAAAUACUGUAUCGAAAAUAACGAAACUAUUAUUGGUGUGAACUUUUCCGGUUUCCCGAAUUAUUAAGAAAACUGCCAACUAGCCGAAUUUGUUUUCAGAAAAUGUUCAAGUGUAUAAAAUAAACCGGAACAAGGUUUUCUUGUAAAAAAGUUGUUAACAGAGAGAAAAAAAGAACAUUCCUCGCCACUUUCACUAUACUUAAACCACUUAAAAAACUUACGGGAUGUCGGGAUACAUAUUAUUGGUGUUACUUGGGAACUAUUUAAUGUUAAUAUUUCGAUGUACAUUAUGAUUAUUUAAGAUUUCACGCGAUUUUCAUGUCAGAUAUAUAUAUAUAUAAUAAUUUCGCUAUAUAUGAAUUGGACAUUAUAAAUGAAUUUCCAAUAGAAACGGGGGUUAUCCCCUCUCCCGGAAACUUUACUUGUGGAUUCCAUUGCAGAAUAUGUCGAUUUUUUUAUUUUCUAUAGGGUGGGAAUUAUCACGGCCAUCAUAAUAGGCCUGCAAAAGAACAAAUAGAAAAAUAACCGUUCCUUUUGUUUUUUUUUUUUUGUUUCGCGAAAAACAAAAAAUAUACUCGUAUUUUUUAUAUUAUAAAGAUUUUUCGAGCCGCGAUUCGAGUGCUCGGCCAAUGAGUGCAAUAAUUGUAUUAACUAGUUUUCCUCUCGCCGAACAGUUGGACCGUGAAAAAUCGCAUAUUUAUAAGUAUAGGUUUUAUAGGUGUGCCUGUACCGUAUCGUUUUUCGACCCUGCCCGGUACUACACCUAUAAUCGGUUAUAGGUUAGGAUUCCCGACUGUUCGUGUAUAAUGUAUUGGUUUCAUAACCCUAACCUCAUUCCGCCGGGAGGGGGCCACUCCAGACGAACGGGAUUAUUAUUAUACUAUAGCUAUUGCCUAUAUAUUAUUAUUGGCGCACUCGUCGCGAUUCUUUCCCUCCUUCCACCCCGAGAGAAGGACUUUACUACUUUACUACCCCGUUCAACGUUGAAAAAAAUCAUAACCACAGGCGAUAAUAAAUGCUAAUGUCUAUGCUAAUGCCUAUGCUAAUGUUACCGCCGCCGCUGUGCCUAUCCGAGUGUGGUGUGGUAACCGGUAACGUCUUGCGGUUUUCGCCGAUAACCGAAAUUUUGCGAUCCGACAGCCUUCCCGUCGAGUGCAGACUUCGAGGGGAGCUCUUUUCUUGAUUUUUGUUUUUCGAUGCACGAAUGAACGAACGCACGAGCACUAAAAGAGCAAAACUUAUUAUUGCGUGUACAGAUUGAGACAGCUAAACCCAGUUUUGCUAACAGAAACUAAAACGUAAUAUAAGAAAUUAUAUAGGUAUAGACCAAAUUUACCGACUGAUAUAAGGAAAGGAAAUGAUUACCGAAAAAAAAAUAAUACUAUUAAUGUGGCCUUUCGAAUAAUAUAUAUUAGUAAGUAUUUUAGAUUUUCGUACUUUGGAAAAGAAAUAGUUGUUAUUCAAAUUAGAUAUUUUAUUUUUAAAGUAAAAACAGUCGGUGAAAAAAUUUCAAAUAAAAAUUUAACCAAAGAUUAUAAAGAUAAUAUCGAUGAGAGGUGUAUAUGAAACGAUUUUCUUGGACCCCAAAAUCCUGCGCAUAAAUAGACUAUUAAAAUGUUGACUUAUAUAAACGAUGUUAAAAACCAAACUGGGAUAAGGUAUGGUCAUGUUUGCCUUCCCCUCUUACCGAAUGGCUACACUGAGUCCUAUAGAAACAAAUUAUAAACGCAUCGCAAUUUUCGCUCAAAAACGUUUUAUUAUGAUGAAGGAGAAAAGUAAGGAUGUAUGGGGUAAUUUAAUUUAUAUUUGUACACAACGAUAAACUAUCGUUUACGAAAAACGAUUCUGAGCAUAGUAUUAUUAAAGUCGUAUUUUUUCCUUCGUAACCCAAAAAUCAAUAAAAACGAUACAAAAAAUUGCUAGUUUUUCACUUUGUUAAGAAAGUCAAGAGGCAAAUCGAAAAACUAUAAUUCCGAUGCAUCAGUCGGUAGAUAAAAAUAACGCUAUAAGAAAGUUCCUAUGUAGAAAAGUCGUUUAAAGUAAUAAAAAAAUAAAAUUAUACAAAACCGCAUCACAGUAAAAUCUAUAUAUAUAUAUAUAUAUCCGUCGCAUCGGUCCAAAUCUAAAAAAAAAAAAAAAAAUACCUAAUCGCCUAAUAAUUAUCGUCGAUUCGACAAACAUCAUAAACACCGUAUAUUAUUAUACUUUACAACCAAUGUAUACUGUAUUUUACGACGUUUUUUUUUUUUUUAUCAUCAUUGUCAUAAUUGAACCCCCGGCUAGUAGAAAUCAUAAACUAUAUAUGAGUAGGUAUAUAUUGUAUUUCGACAAAAAAUGUUUACAGUUGGUUAAGAUUAAUUGUUAAUCACGCGUUUCGCACGCGAGGAAAAUCGUUCAAACAUAUAAAACCGUUAAUUUUUUAUACGUAUAUAAAAGUAUUAUUUCGUUUGCAUGUUUAUAAACGGUUUAUGCGCAAUAAUUGCCCGGGUAAUAAUCAAAUAAUAUUGUUUUCCUCUACGGCCGUCUGAAAUACUAUAUAUAUAUAUAUAUACAUUCAUAUUCGAUUACUACACUGGAAUUUGUAUUAUUUUACACAAUUGGCCCCCGGGACCCUAAACAGGAGGAUUCCCCCGUUUUGAAUAUUAUAUUUUAUACGUUUCCGCGACGGUUCAUUGUAAUGUAUAUGCUGUACGGUACACCUAUGGGCUACACAAACCUACCUAAUUAUUUAUACCCAUUGACAGGGGGGGCAAAAGGGGCUAUACGUGUAAGUGAGUGAGUAUAUAAGAAGAACCGUAGUUUUUCUAACCUUUUUUUUUUUUUAUGUUUGUCAGAGGUGUGCCUUUUUUUCGCCCGUGUAUAUCCAAUAAUAUUCUCAUGAUGCAGCAGAAAGAAAAAAGGGUGGGGGACACGCCAGUACCCGUGUAUUGUAUAAACAAUGUACUGGUAAUUUUCAAUCGCGCGAUCGCGGGGUGGUCUCUGGCAGCGCGCCUUUGUGUGAGAGCAAAAAAACGAAAAAAAAAAACGAAAAAAAAAAACUCCCGAGAGUUUUAAUUCUAAUUAGAAGACGACGAAAAAAAAAUAAAAAAAAUAGCCAUAUAACCCAAUGGACGGAAAAAAAGACGAAUUUUUUUUUCUUUUAUAUUUUUUUUUUUCGUUUUUUUUACUUUACCCGCGCAAAGGGUGCGAUAAUUUUCGGAUUUCCGUUAUCGCGAACGCGCCGCCGUGAGUUCGCGUAACACACAACAAUAUAAUAAUAAUUUAUAAUGUCGAAACGAGUUUUUGGCCGUACACCUAACGUACACGCACGCGCACAUUAUAGCGAACAUUAUUAUUAUAUUCCCGUUCCAUUCAUACGGUCUCGGAAAUACCAAAGAGUUCGUUAUGAUUACGGGUCGGGCAUUUUAACCGUUUGUUUUUACGCGCGCCUCUGUACGCGCGAGUUCGGGCCGUGCGGGCCGCACGUAAAUGCGCGCGGGGGGAAAAGCCCGGCCGCCCCGUCCGUUUGGAGAAACGCCGUUAAACUUGCCGGGUCGCGGACGGUCUGGUCUUCGGGCACGGGCGCAGUGUCGAACAAUGUUACAAUGUCCAACGGACCGGGAGACGGACAAAAGAAAACGGUGGAGAAAAAAAUUAAAAAAAACAACGAAAUAACGACAGUGGUGUAUAGUGUGAAACGACAUUUGGUGAAUUCGUUAGAGUCGCUUUUCGCCGGGACGAAAAAAAAAAAAUAAAAUAAACUGAAAUUACAAUAUUUGUCGAAUAUCAUUACGCGUACGCGGUAGGACAACGACGAGUUUCCUUCUAGUAGUACGACGGCGGCCGGCGUGCAGGAGGUUUUUUUUUUUCGUACGUCUUUUGAUACAAUCAACCCUACCCGGUGGGUGUUCGUGUCGCCGAACCGUGAAGAAACUAGCGAUAAAGCGCGUGCCACGGAAGAAACAAUUAUCGUUAUUAUUAAAUUGUGUGUUGUAUGCACACUGCAGGGCGGACGAUGCCGCGGCGGAAAAAGAAAAAACAAUUAUCGGCGGCCAUAUGUCGUGUCCGACGGUGGCGACGGGUUUUGUUUUUUUUUUUUCUAAUUUCCUCCGUUCCGUCGUCGCGGCGGCGAAACUUAUUCGAAACCGUGCUGUCGUUGCGCGGACCGUCCGCGCACUCGCACAAUAAUACGCGCUCCGGGGUCCGAGCCGGACGAGACGCGGAACCGUACGAAAUUCGGAAUUACGUCCGCGGGUCAUCGCCCCCCCCCACCCCUCCUCCCCGUCACAGGGGGAAAAUCGUGCGAAAACCGUCGGACGCGUUUGCGGAACGCAACGAAAUACGCGCGCACCGAGACUUUUCGCCCGUGCCAUCGCGACGGUAUACGUGUUUCCGUACGGAUUCCAACAGCGUGUCCGUGGUCCGUGUGCUCUUGGCUAAAACGUUUUUAUCCCCCGCCGCCGGUUCGUUUCUAUGUCCCCUCGCCCAGAAAAACGGGUUGAACCCUCGGCGGGGCCGUUUUUUCCACGGUUUCGACCGACGGGGAUAUUAUUCGGGAGCGGGGACAGUUUUUUCAACGCAAGGAGUGCCCUGCGGGCGUAGGGCGAACAUGCCGGAAAUAUUUUUCGACGUGAUUUUUUUUUUUUUCAGUGACGGUUGAUUCGUAUUGACCGGACGAACAAUAACCGAAAACUGCCGGUUAAAAGAAUCGCCUCGUAUGUACGCUGUAUACUUAUACACUCCGGAAUUCCGAUGUUCAUAAAUUACGGUUUUUUCGUAUUUUUAAACAAUAUUAUGUGUUCACGUUACACCCGUCACACUAUUACUACGCCGGUACUGCCCCGGCAACAUCAAUCGUCGUAAACUUUCCCCUGGCCGACGACUCGUCUAGGAAACGUUUUUUACGACCGCAUAUUAUUAUUAUAAUGUAUCCGUAUACAAAUAUAACGUAUAAUUUUAAGCGUUAAGCGACGACGACAAUAGGAUCGGAUUUGUAUUUUUUUUUUUUUUUUAAACAAAACGCCGUAGAGGUCAACCGCGUUCAAACCCAAUCUAUAAUAUAUUGCACUUGUUAAAGGACACGGGUACCCGACAAAUGACGACUCCGUUUUAAAAAAACGUAUGCGGGACGUGGUGGAUUUGCGGCCACAACUCUGUGUAACUGUUCUUUUUAAUAAUAUAGUAGUGCGAAUCGGUCUGUUGUUAAAACUAUUAAGGCAACUGCCGUGUACGUUUUUUCUUCGACGUUUUAAUUUUUAAGCUUGAUGAUUUAUGAUAAUACACGUGAAAUAUCACAAUUUAAAAAACCCUCGUAUCUCGUUUCAAAUUUAAAAUACCGUGAAAAACCACCGACGUACGCGCUGGAGAUAAUGUGUGUGCUCGUCUAUAUAAGUCCUAUAAUGGCCCAAAUCGCGUUCAAUAGUAUUAAUAAAUUGCUAACCAAAUAUAAGUUAUUAAACUAACAGAACAAAGUUGCUGAACGAGUAGCUGAAAUUCUCCGUAUAUGUCGUCACGUUUCUAAGACGGAGACAGCUGUGCGUGCUGCGCAGUGUGCCGUGACGUCCUCUUCGUAAAAAUACUCGAUCAUAACCAUUGCGUUUUCAGAAAUUUAGCGACAAAAAAAAUUGUUAUUCUAUUUUCUACGCGUGACAAAAUAUAGUAAAUACAACUCCUGAGCUUCCUCUCUUCCACCCCAUCCCCUAGUAUUUGAGUCGCUAGAAACGGUGGUUUCGAAAAAGGCCUAUUUUCGAAGUCCUCGCAAUCACAUCGGAUAUAAUUGGAGACGCGUACUAUAUUAUAAUAAAUAUGUGCGGGCAUUUAUGAAAACUGUCGGCGAAAACGUGAAGAACCGUAAGAGAUUUUUUCGCCAGACUCGAACUCGGAUGUCCAUGUAAUAUUAUAACAGUGUCGCAUACGCCGCGAUUUUUUUUUUUAAGUCUAUUCGAAAUUACGUGUACAUACGUAAUAAACGGAACAGCGACAGUGUUGUUGCGGUGUAUGUGUGUUUGUGUCAUUGGAUACCUAUGCCCUACAAGUUUCUUUAUUUUUUCCAUACAAGAGGAUGUCUAGAAAAAAAACGCUCGCGCGCGUGCUUAUCGCGAAGGCCGGCUGGUCGGUCGAUCGGUUUUUAUUUAUUAUUAUUAUUUUUUUUUUUUUAAUGCGUUUUUUACGGGAUAACAGUUGUGCCGUUAACCCGGUUGUCGGACGAUUCCCGUUUACAUUCGGAUAUAGGAUGUUGAGCCAUGGCGCGCGCGGAGGCAAUUAUUAUUACGGUUUUUACGGAGAAUAUAUAAUAAUAAUAAUAACGUUGAGAAGGUUGAAAAAAAAAACAACAAUGCCCAACAGUCGAUUUCUACUGAUAACGCUGAUGUAUUUAACAUUAUAUACCUACACCACGCGAGCGUUGUGCAGCUGACGGACACUCGGCGCAAUCGGUUUUGCGGCUCGCGACGACAGGUUGGUGGUCCGCACUGCGCUACGGUGUACGUAAUAAUAUGACGUAUAUAAUAUUAAUUUAUUCUUUAAUUUAUUUAUAGGUAGCACUUAAAUAUAUAAUGUAUGAGAAAAAAAAAAAUUACCAAGUGUUUUAUAUUCGAAACUUCAGUAUAGGUGUACUGUAAGUCUAAGACUGCAGCAGUCCGUCAUCAUAACCAGGGGCUGCAGUCGUGUACGAAACGUGCAACCAGACGAUUUCAAAAAAGAAAUUAAUAAUCAUAUUACUCGAACGGUCACGUCGGAAUUGGGUUUGACAUUCGACAAGUCCGAUUAAAACACACGCAAUACAUUAUCGUUUAUCACAAAUACCCUACUAUUUCCGUUGAUCGUGAAAAUAAACUCGAAAUUCAUUUGAUCGGUUUUUCGUACUCGUAGAUGUUUUUUUUUUUUUUUUUUUUUUGUGUACAUCCAAAGGAAUUCGAGUUCAUAGUGUAACGGUUUUGGACCGUUUCUAUACGUACAAUAUCCGGUUUGUCGGACGCUAUUUGUGGUAUAGAUACCUUAAACAAAAUUUAUGGAAACACCGCUGGUUUUAGUCAAAAAAAAAAAAAAAAAAAACAGGUAGGUAAUCUGUAACAAAAACGGAAAAAAAAAAUUACAAUUGCAAUAAUAUAAUACAAUAUUACGAGUAUACAAAGGGCUGCGAAUAUGUCAAAGACAGAAAUCGUUUUGCAACAUAGACUCGUGGAUAUUGUACUCGAGGCGUAUCGCCGUUGAAAUCACGAAAACAUACUACAUUUUCGGGUUUCGGAAAAAAAUAUAACGAUUUUUUUCUUUCGUCCUCUCUAUAAUGCUCACGCACGAGUAGCAGAAACAACCGUAUUCCACUCCUCGCCGCCGAAUGCCUUUAUCGAGUUUAACGGUCCUUUUAUAUAAUGUAUAGAAUCGAUCUCCCGUGUGGGUUUUCAAUGUUUUUUUUUUUUCUCUCGUUCCUUUUUGUUCUAUAUUUCGCGAGUAAUACCUAUUAUAGGUGUACGUUUACCGAUUCUUUUCGGCGGCUGCGUGAUAAACGGCCCGAACGCAUCGCGUUCGCCGGCAAUAAUACGUAAUUCGCGUACGCCGCGAAAAUCGAAGACACCCCAUUGGAGGACGCGUAUUGUAUAACCGACUCCCAAUAAAUUUAACGGGGGUCGUUUCCUACACGUGUGAGUUUUGGUCGCACUCGUUCCGGAUCUUUCCGAGUGGGUCACUCGCGCGUGUGGUUUUCGUGACGAAUGUAUCUCCUUAUUAUAUUGCCGACAGUCUACAAAAUCGUACUCAUGAUGCGCCUUGUGACUGUGCUCGCGUAUAGUUUUUAUAAUACAAAACGGUGUAUAUUAUUAAUAAAAAAAAACGAUAAAUAUGAAUAAUAUUGUAUCGAAUCGACGGCGGCGGUCCGGCCAAUCGGAACAAACCGAUUUUUAUUGCUUACCCGCCGCGCGUUUUAACGUUAUUUCCCCUCCCUCCCCCCCGCCACCCUCCCGUUUAUUUCCUAUCGAUAGAUUUUUUUUUUAUGACCGGAUUUUCGUUCGGAACCGCGCAUCGCCUAUGUUACUCGCCGACGACAAUAAUAAUAACAUAGGUACCGCGACGUCUCGUUAAACGUAUGCGUGUAAUAAUAUGGGGUAUUUACGAUUACGAACCGUCGGUCGCUGUGAUAUGCGUUAUAUUAUCAUGGUGCUUAAUGCACAAAUUGCAUAAUACGUUAUUAUGAAUUCGCGGUGCGUGUAGCGCGAUGGCGCGGAAUUCAACAGUUCCGUUACGCGUCGUAAAAUAUCGUAGGGAAAAAAAAAAAAAAACGACGCGCGUUGCCGUCCGUCGUCGAAUAACCCGCGCUCGUGCGACGCCAUUCCGAAAAUUUAAUACGAAAAAUGAACCCGAAAUGAAAAUCCUUUGAAAAUCACGUUGCACUCUGUCCGUGUAUGCAGUAGAGAAGCUGUGCAUUAGUGUUACUGCGCUACGUGCGUUUGCGUUUUUUGUCCCUUUGGUAAACACUAUUUUUCGACUAGUAAAAAUGCUCACGCCUUAAUAAACGAUGUCUGUAUGGAUUAUUCCCGUAUGUUAUUUUUUUUUUUUUUUCUAUAAAAUUAAUAAUAAUAAUAAAACUAACGACAAAUAUCGAUAUUACAAUAAUAUUUUUUCGAUUUGUUUGUGCGGCGCAUAAACUUCACGGCUAACACUGCUAUUAUAUCAUUCCGUUCAGAAUCGGUUUUUUUUCGCAAUGGUUUAUCGUUGCGCAAACCGAGAUUGCCUUGUACGUCCUGCCUGUCCGUUUGCGUCCGCCUACAACUGCGGCGACCUACCCGCGAGCAGUAUCGAAUUUGCGUUUUCCCUCCCUCCCCCCCUCCCCCGUGCUAAAUUUUUGACGUACGUUUCGAAAGACCGGCCGUAUCCGUUAUUAUAAUAUAAGCGGCGAAUAAACGUCUCGCGCCGGCCGAAAACUCUGUACUCGGGGCAGCCUGUUAUUGCGAUCGAAUUUACGUAUAAAUCAAAAACUCGUUUCGUAUAUUGAAUUAAGUCGGCGAGUACUUGCGCUCCGAAAACGGUCUAUUAUAUUGUAGAUAAGUGUAUGCGGUAUGUCUAUAGACGGUAGGAGGAGGAGAAGGAGGACGGCGGCGAGAGGGAGUAGGUCUCUAUAAACGAAUUCAGAGGUUAAUCCUUUCCGCGAGGGGAUGACCCUAUAAACGGACCCGGGGGCGCGAUCGAAAUCGGUUAUACACGUUUCCGAAGGUUUUUUUUUUUUUCGUUUCUCCGUAUAUAUUAUUAUCUAUACGAAACGCAAUCGGCACGCACAUAUAAUAGAGAGGUAUUACGACGACGGCUCGCGUAUCGAUUCUUCGCGUCCAUUGUAAUACAUUGCCGUCAUCGUUGACUGUGGUGGGCGCACAGCUAACCUCCUCGCGUACACGCAACGCUUUUCACUCGGUACCGCCGUCGUUGCGCAAAGACGCCAUGGCUCGUGGCACGUCACUGCAGCCGUCUUCGACCCUCACGCGUCCUCCUCGGCGGGCGAGCACAAUACCCCCGAAGAUUUUGUCCUUUUGGCGGGCAGGGGGGGGAAGAGGGGAUAAAAUAAAAAGGAACAUCUGCUAUUUUCUGUUUUCUCUUCUUUUCUUUUCUUUUUUUUUUUUUUGUCGUACAAUAUACAUUUUCAUACAAAAAGAAAUCACGAUUUUCGUUCGGUUUCGCUAGCGGCGCGUAUUGCAGCGGUCUGGCCGUCUCCCCGCGACAAAAUAACAACAAUAAUAAACUGUAGUUUUUGCCAGGUGUCGGCCGGUCGCGCAACACCGAUACACGGAUAUUUUGUUAUUAUACAGUUAUUACACACUGUAGUAUAGCACGUUUACAUACGCGUGUACUUCCUGGUUCCGGGUGAAAACGAGGAUAAAGAUCCGGGGGGCCGCCGAAAAUCCGUUGGGAGCUUGUGCUUCUCGCGCGUAACGUACCUAUGCACGAAACACGGUAACUUUAUAGCAUCUGGCCGGUGCCUACCACAGGUGGGCCGCGCGUUUUUAUCGCGAAUAUAAAAUCGGUUUUGGACCGGUAACGCGGUAACGACGCCGCCGGUGGUUAGCGUGUGUUUUUAGGAUAAAUUAAAAUAUCAAUAUUCGUGUACGCACGUAUAUGCGGAGAACGCAACGGGUCGACUGUAUUAUUGUUAUUAUUACAACAUACGUGUCGAAACGCGUAGGCCGUACGCUUGUGUAGAAUAAGGGAUUCUUCGGUUCGCGUACAUGUGCGCGCGUCAUACAACAACAACAGCAACAACAAUAUUGCCGUUAUACUAUUGUAUUGUUGCCGGUUCCGAUUUCCAAAGACGACGGUGUGUGGGAAAAUCAUAAAGUCGUCGUGUCAAAAGGGACCGUACCCACCGUACGACCCAUCCACCUUGCAUAACGCGUACGAUGACUGGGCACGAAAAAUACCUCGCGGGACUGGCCGUUGUAGGCGUGUAAUAUCCACGUGAAAACGCGUCGACGGGCCGGCGCGCGGUCCAAAUUGGACGCGUUCACACGGUUCAAACGUGCAGCGCAUGAAAUUCACACUCGUUGCGCGGUGCGGUCCGUCGGACAUUUUACGAGAUGACGAUUCAAUGUGCGACGAGCAAAACGGAAAUUCCGACGGUCGUACGGGUGCCCAGUGGUUUUUACCCGGUACCGUUGGCGUAGCCGCGAAUCGAAACCGCCGCGACCGUUUGCAAACGCCGCCGCGACAGCUACGCAACGGUGCCGUCGAAAUUCGGCCCGGAUUUGUCGGUUCGCCGACCAAACGACCCGUAAAUCGGCGCCUCGCGCGCGUCUCGUACUGCUCGAAAUGCAGAGACAUUAAGCGAAAAACGGGUACCCGGGAAGCAAACAUACUCGGGAACGAAAUCGUCGAUUCGUCACCGCCACGGACGCGGGCUACAUUAGUAUCAUAAACAGUAUCGCGGCGGAAACAAUUCUUUUUUUUUUUCUCCCCGGAUUCCCCGUUUUUUUUUUGUUUUGUUUUUUUUUUCGAUUAUCGCUCAGAGCGCGGUCCACCAUUCACUUUGACUCUGCAUCAAAAAUAUUGUCAUGGUGUCCGGACGUUAUUAAUUCUAGACGGUUGGUUUCUCGUCGACAUUUUCACAUUUUUGCACACCAGUUGUUUGUCGUAAACGCGCGCACUGUUAUCAAUACACGCUGUGUAGACAUCCGAGUCUUCCGGUGAACGAAUCGACGACCGUCGAAAUGAGACGGAACAUCAGACAACUAAACCGGGAGACAUUGCCUUUUAUUAUAAUUUACCGUGUGCGGAUGCGUGCGAAGGGAGACCGGCGGCCGUAUCUAAAAACGACAUAUUUAUUAUGUAUAUUUUAAUAUCGCGGGGCCAGUGAAUCUUGCGCGAUUAUUAGCGUUUCGUUUUUUUUUUUUUUUUUUUACAUCGACGACGGCUAUAAAAACACCGCGUGCAUAAUCCGUACGGUUGAAAUGCGUCGGAGGGUACUCCGGAGUGUAUAUUAUUAUUAUGUAUAUUACGGCGCUGUGUGUCUAAUUUUUUUUUAUUUUCACCGAAGUCGUUAGCGGUUGUGUUUUAUUGCGGUUUAAACGGGGGGGGAUCGAAAAAACCAUUGCAAAUCACAAUUAAUCCGUGUUGCUUGUGGCCUACCUUUAAGUUGCACGUAUUCCUGUUGCAUAAUGUAGUGUCGAUAACUGUUCGGAAUAAGACAAUAUAGCAAUAACCACGGGGACAUAAUAUAUGAUUGGGACUGCAGUGUAUGUUAUCUUUUUCUACUCUCGCUCAUUCUCUAUCUGCUACAAGUUUAAUCGGGGUUUUUUAUAAUAAUCGUUAUUACCCGUUCAUAUGUAGCCGCAAAACCGAUAACAUCGAGUGCGCGAAACUUAAAAACGUCGACAAUUUGUAUAUAUUAUACACGAGCUAUCCGAUACAGCGAAUACAUUUUUCGCCAAGAGAACGCCGAUGGCGGAGAGUGCUAGGGGAUUUUCGAUCGGGGCGUAUCCGUCGUCGCGACUUUGUUUUAUUGUACACGGUGUUGCGAUUGUGUACGAACUUCGGACCCUCGGACCUGGGAUAAGUGACGGAGACGUGUCAGACUCCUUGCGUAACCUUGGUCCGUCUACCGCGGCCGCGGAUGACAAUAUUUUAUCAGCUGGCAGGUAUAUACUAUACGGCCCGUCAUCGUAAAAAAAUAACAAUACGCCAUUGAUGUCUUUUUGCGUCAUUAUUAUUAUUGUCGUCUUUUGCAUCAGCAGCAGACGGCACGACGACGACACCCUGUCCGGCCGUACCACCUGGACGGCCGCCAGCCAACGCGAACUACGGCGUGUAAUAUACGCGCGCGCACGUACGCACGUGGACGGACAGGCGGGCGGGCAGUCCAUUGAUCCGCGGCUGCUCCGGCGGCGGACGGACUCUGCGGCGCUGCACCUGUCCCCCGCGAUCGUCUUGACGCGGCCGGCGGCGGCGUUGGGCCAAUGACCACGGCAGCGCGUGUCCCUCCCCCCCCCGGGGGGGGGGUCGUCGACACUUAGUACUACGCCGUAGUACUGCUAUAAUAAUACACGCGGCGUACCCGGGAUUUUUUUUUUUUACUUUUUGAAAGUGAAAUAUAUUGUACGUUUAAAAAACCACGAAAUACACUUUCCGUAUUUUUACAUAAUAAUUAAUACUGCAUUUCGGAAGAGGUCAUUACAGUCCGUUUAUGGGCGUGACUAGAGUUUAUCAUCUGCAGAGACCUAGGGGACCCCACGCCCGUGUUUUUUUUUUUUUAUUUUACAGUCUUGCGUUUAAAAAAGUAAAAAAAAAUCCAAAUCCAAAUGUCAUAAUUUUUAGCCUGUGUACAUUUCACUGAACCAAUUUUUUCGGAGAAAACUGUCUACCAUGUCUUGGGAUUAUGAAAAAUGUAUUGAUAAUGAAUCGGGUUUUCAACAAAUAUAUGGGUUAAUUUCAAUGUUAACUCAUAGUUGUCGAUUUCAAAUACAGGCUUUAUAUCGGAAAAUAUCGGACAUCAGUGAAAAUUGUUAUCGGCCCAUCCCUAUUAAACAAAGAGUUAACUGCUGUUAACGGUAAACACGGUAGACGACAAAAGGCAUAAAGGAUAAUGUAUCGAGUAGUUUAAUUUAUAAUUAUUUUAUAAUAGACGAAAUUCUACGCGUCGUCGUUCGUAACACGGUGCGUGUCCGGGAAUGUCCUUUGGGGGAGGGGGGAGCGUGAUAAAUAACAAUCACGGGUACACCGUAUGUAGAAUCUUCUUUUCUAAUAAUAACCUACUCGAUUACAUUGGAAUGCAGCUAUUUUUCAAUCUAUAAAUCAAACUUUUCUCGGUAACUUGUUUGAAACAUGUGUAUAUAUUUAUAUAUAUACAUUUACGAGAUUAAAUUACAAAAAUAAUAUUCAUAGUUGUUGUGGUUGGUGAGGGGGGGAUAACACCAAUGACCCCCUCCCCCUCGCUUUGCGCGUCGCCGUUGAAAACGUACCUAACGUACCGAUCGUAUAUUACGGGGAAUUGGUCGUGUGCGCGUGUACGAGACGUACGAACUUUCUAUGUAAAUUUCAUUCCGGCGCUUCCUCGGACGAACUGCGACAGUAAUAAUAUUAUAAGACGAAGGCGUAGCCCGCAUAUUCCCACAGAGGUAAACGAACGUUUUGAUGUGGACGUGCGUGCGGUGACCGAGACCGUGCAAUAAUAAUACUUCCUUAUUAUAAACGCGUUAACGAGGAAUUAUAAUUGAGAAUUGCAUUAAUGUUGUUGUUGUUGUUGUUGUUGUUGUUAUUAUUAUUAUUAGUUAUCAUUUAUCGCGCAAUCGAGCAAAACAUAACGUGCGCUGUUGUCGUCGCUUCCGUCUACACCGAGAACUUGCUUUGGCGUUCAGUAUUAUCGUCCGCAGACUUCCGUGAUAUUAUAUUAUUAUGCGAAACGCACUCCCGAGACCUUUAGCGACUAUUCUUCUCUUCUCUUUCUUUUGCCAAAGCGCUAGACCGUGCUGCAGUGUAUUCACAUACUUGCGUUCCUUUCUCUGUCUCUCUCUCUCUCUCUCUCUAUCUUUGAUACCGGGGUCUUCGUGAUGGACGUACACCCGUUACCGUCCCAGCCCCGUCGCGAUUAUCUUUCGUCGAGAACGUAAUAUAAGCGAGCGUGUAUUUUAUUUCGUAUUUAUAGGUCGUCGUCCGUAUAGGUGAACUCGUCCCCGAGAAUACUCCGAUGACCAAUGACGGAUUUCUGGGAAAAUUCGACGAAAAAGUCGCGUGUAAAAUCGGUUAAAACAUCCCGGGUCGUCGUAUAUAAACACGCAAAGGUUGAGAACCGUUGUAAUAUGUUUCGUCGGGUUUUCCGGUUCGAUGUACGCACGGAGAUUUACGACGUUUGUUUUUUUUCUUUCUGUACUUCGAUCGAGCGUGAUGUUGUUACUGCUAUGUUAUCGUGUUCGUAUUUUAUACGAUUGCGUACCCUUUACGGUCCAUUGGUAUUCACAUAGGUACGCGUCAUUCGAUUUAAUGUAUAAUAUAUAAAAUAUCGCGUCUGGGAAACGUACUGCACGAAAACAAUGUAGUAACCCCAUUUUCCGUCGAGGGAGACGAUACGACGUGCUCAUCGUAAAAUAAUGUAUGCAUAACGAAAAUGACGUUCGAUUUUCAAACCGAUUCUCCGAUAUAAUAAUAUGCAGCGGGGUCUCAUUUUUCUACUACAACAGACACGGCCGCGGUGUCGAGUUCGUCGAGUAAAAAAAAAAAAAGAAAAAAAAAAUUUCUCGAAAACCAAGGUUCGUACGGUGAAAUUUAACCAGCGGCAUAUACAAUAAUUGUUCGUGUACCUAAUAUUAUUAUCAUAUAUUGUACCGUUUCGAGACGUUGUACAAAAGGCGUGUUCGAGGCUGUCGGACGCGGAUAUCCGCCGUGGGUAGCUGACGAACUCGAUGUCAUCACCGUGUGGCUUAUUAUAUACUUCCAUAAUUCCGAAAUCCAAAAAAAAAAAAAAGAAAAAAAAAAUUUCUCGAAAACCAAGGUUCGUACGGUGAAAAUUUUCCAGGACUUUUUUUCCCAACGAAUAUCCACUACGGCGACUUCUACUUUCCUCUCUAUUAGUAGUAAAAAAAGAAAAAAAAAAAGAAAAAUGGUCCACGAUCCGAUCUCAGAAUUAUCGUUAAUAGAUUAUAUCUUUAUAUCGUAUGUUAUUAUCUAUACUCUUGGGUCCAUACAUCGUCAAUAUCAUUAUACGAUAAUUCCUCUGAUAUCUCGUAUCGCACCGAAUAAUAACAUAAUACUUGAACUUUUCGACCCGCAUCUAUGUGGCAGACGAACUCAUUCACGGUCGAUCGCUGAUACAAUAAUGUUACAGACUGCUUGUACAGUAUUAUAGACAAACAUAUUGAUAUCGGUAGUUCGAUUUUGAUUUUUUUUUUUUUUUUUUUUUUUUAUUAUUGUAGAAAGAUAAUAAUAAUAAUAUGCUCUGACUUUUGAGUUAGCGUUCCGUCAAUACAUUUUAUUUUCGUUUGACGACACGUGUUUUCAAUUUCAAAACAUGAUACAAUACACGAUUGCGGAAAUUUAAACGAUAAAAAAAAAAAAGAGAGAGAGAGAGAGAGAAAAACACGUGUUCUGUCAUGUACAGAAUUCUUCUCUUUUCAAAACCUUUGCCGACCGCCGUACAAAAUUAUCUUACCAAUGUAUAAUUUCGUAUAAUUUUAUUAUAAUAUACAAAACGAUAAUAAUCGUAUUAUUAUGUGGUCUUUUACGGAUUUCACGCGUCCACCCGGCACCGGUCGCGCGCACGUACGGGGCACGCAGGUGUGUUUGCGCAGCGGUCACUGCGGCGCGGCACAUUGGCGCUCCGUUCCGCGGCCGCGACCAGUGACGGGGCCGAUAGAGUCCUACGAUACAGCCUCCCCUACCCUCCUUCCGCCCCCCGCCCGCCCGCCCGCCCGCCACGCUGAAUCCGGCCGACCGCGCGUUUGUCCGUCGGGCCGUUUUUACGCUGUUUUACGAUUUCAAUACGACGUCGUGUUUUGUCAUUCGUGCACCCUCGCAACGGUCGUUCCGGAAAUCGCCCCGAAAUACAAAAUUAUUUUGUUUUUUUAUUUUUCAAGGCCCUCUCCUAGUUGUACACGGAAUCUCGACGCCCGCGCGCUCUAUAAAAUAUUUAUGUAUUAUUGUAAAUUUCUGCUGCGGCGUUACCGGUGACAAAAUAAAUAAUAAUUAAUUUUAAUGUUGACUCUUUUGUUUGGUUUGUUUCUACUUUUUUUUUUCCCACCCAAAAAUGAUUAGAUUUUCGAACCGAAGGAGCUAAUCACCCCGUGUCAGCCACUAUUUACGGGUUGAAUUCGGUGGAGAUAGAAGGGGGGAGGGGUGUAACGCAUAUUAUGUUAUUCUUAUAAUUACGUCACCAAACAUGCAUGCGUCCGUGCGUCUUGCCGAACGUUCGCAUUUAUAACAUUAGUAGGAUUUUAGUACUAUUAUGUCGUUGUACACUGCACAGUAGCUAACGGGUUUUUUUUUUUUUUUUUUUUUUUUAUGUUUAACACAGAACCGGAAUUCAUUUCGAAAAAACCGUCGGUGAUGGCUGCGUCGUGCAUGCUGUCCGCCAUCCGCGGCAUCGACCCGGCAGCCGCGGCCGAGGUGUCCGCGGAGCUGUGCAACCUGCUGGCGUGCUCGGCCGCCGAGGUGGACGAACACGUGACGCUCAUCGACGCGCUGGUGGCCAGCACGACGGCCGCGGCGGCCGCCAACACUCCGGAGGCCACCCCGGAAAAAUCGGAAAACAAUAAUCCAAGGACGACGGCGACGGCGACGACGGUUGAGCCGCCGGUCAAGAAACCGUAUCAGAUGGACUGCGUGCACGGCGGUCUGUGAUGCGGACCGGCCCACGACGAUGUGGCGAUGUGUUGUUGUUUUUUUUUUUUUUUUAAAUAUAUACCUUUAUAUAAAUAUAUACAUAUUUAUAUCUAUUGUCAUACUAUAUUAUUAUGUUUUAUUUAUAUGUGUGUACAGUAAUCUGAACAAAACUCCCCUCCGAUUAGG